AGGAGGUCAGUGGUGAAUUCUUUGACUCUCAGUCAGUGAACGAGUCAAUGGACUUUGAUGAUCAAAGCUCCUUGGGAAACAGAGCUGAAAAACUAGCAGCCUAUCAGCUGAUCAAGAAGUUUUCUAAAGAGGUUUGAUGUAAUUUUAGAAAAACCUUUCUUUACUUUUGACUUGUGCUGUUCAGUUGUUUGUUUAAAUAAACUAGUUCUAAUUUUCACCUCAUUGAAAUAUUUUUUUAGAUUUGGUCAUCAUUAAUAAGGAAUAUUUGCAUACAUGUUACAUAUUUUUUGCCAAUGUCUAUCAGUUGAAUACCUGAUUGUAACUCCAGGUCCUGUUGAGAAUGAAGCAGUACAGAGACGACUUGUUGGCAGCUUGUCUUACUUUGAUUCUAUCACUGCCAAAGGAGGUCAUAGCAGAUCAGAUGGCAGACAUUAUACCUGCUAUUCAGGUAGCAAAAUUUAUUUUAAUGUUUUAUUUGUGGAAACUUUGGUUGAAGGCCAAAAAUGUGCAGUCUGUCUUGAUUUGAAACUUUGGUUGCAGGCCAAAUUUUGCAGUCUGUCUUGAUGCAAAACUUUGGUUGCAGGCCAAAUUUUGCAGUCUGUCUUGAUGCAAAACUUUGGUUGCAGACCAAAAAUGUGCAGUCUGUCUUGAUGCCAACUUUGGUUGCAGGCCAAAAAUGUGCAGUCUGUCAUCAAUGCGAAACUUUGUUUACAGGGCAAAAUGUUCAGUCUUUCAGCGAUGCGAAACUAUGGUAACUCGUCAAAAAUGUGCAGUCUGUCAUGGAUGCUAUCAGUUUUUUCACCGAACAUUUUUUAUUUUUUUUUAUUUUAAUAUUUAUAGACAACCUUCACAAUUGGUUUGAGUUAUCUCCCACUGGCCAACAUCGGACUUGGGGCUUUGGAAUGCUGGUCCCAACAACUUCCUGCUUCUUUGAUAGAGCCAUACUACUCUGAGAUUCUGCCCUGCUUGGAUGCUUACCUAAGGACAGAUGGAAAAGGUUGUUUUUCUAGUUUUCAAUUACUGAAACCAUCUGAUUAAUUUGGGAAAAGAAGUUUUUAUAUGGCAUUUUAAAAUAUAUGUAACAGAAGGGAAUAAAAGUCUUUAGCAGAAAUUCUGUGUAGGUAAAUAUGUGUAAGAAAAGGACCAGUUCGUUGUGCCGUAUGCUUAAAAGUAGUGAGUACAACCACCACCAAAUCGUAUAAAGGAUAAUAUAAGUUAAAUGACAACAGGGAAAAAUGCGCAAAUAUUUGGUAAUAUAAUGUACAGAAUCAUUUUAGCCCAUGAACAGUGAUUUUUUUUUUUAAAACUUAAGUCACAACUUACCUCAAAGUGUCGUACUGAUUUCAACUAAAUUAAAAUUUUAUUUGAAAAUUAUCGUAACUUGUAUUCUUAGAUUCUGAAGAAAUGAGUUCAGAGUCAACAGUCUUGGUUCAAUCAAAGAAAUCCAAAGUCAAGGUUCCAGUAAGACUUGUGAGAGGGAAUAAGUCAGAUGCUGAAGUAAGUUCUUGCAUGCUCGUGAUCUUGUCACUAUUUCACUUUUCUAUGUUUAAAAACGUCAUCACUAAAAAAAUAUGUUUUUUCCUUCCUUGAGGAUGGAAAUGCAUUCUAGGAAAUAAUAAGAAUAACAUGUAUUUGGAAGACAUUUCUUCAUUUGUGAAGAAACAGGCUGGAUACAAACUAAAAUAUUUUAUCAAGGAAAUCACUUAGAAAUAUAUAUAUAAUAUAUAUAUAUAUAUAUAUAUGAUAUAAAGUAGACUUCAACAUUUAAGUACAAAUAUAUUUAGUGGCAGAAUGAUAUAUUGUUUGUCCUUGAAGUGGUGAUUAAUUUUUUUUAUUCAAGGAGCCUAAGACUGAUUUAUUUUACUGGAUUUUAAGUAGUUUUAGAGUUGAGACCUUGAAAUAUAUUCGUAUUAGUAAUAAAAUCAUAUUCUAAGAUCAGAAUCAGGCAAAGUAAGUAGAGGUCAGACAUGUACUAAUCAAUUUAAUAACUGCAGGGUUUGCCAAGUCAGUUGUCUAAGAUCAAACUUCGGAUCCUGCACUACUUGGGAUCGCUGGGUGGCCAAAUAAACCAUGCCUUGUUGGCUCACUCGGAUGAUGAGAUAAGCAAAGAAGCCAUUUCAUGGGACACACAGAAUCAUUUGAAAUUUGAUGUACCUUUCUUUGACAUGAAGCCUUCAAUUUACUUUGGUGAGCUGCUCAAACGUAAUUUUUGCUGUUAGUUAUAUCGCAAAUAAUCCAUAUUCCUAAUUAGCAAUUUGCCCUCAGACUUUUAAGGCAAAAAAUAAUUUUGAUGCGAUGUUAACCACAUCAUUCUUAUGAGAACUGCUUAUCUCUUAGAGUCUGAAACUAGUGAAAGGAUUUUAACAAAUUUAAUUCAAACAAAAUUGUCAUUCAAAAAAUUAUUUGCAAUUUUUCUAAAAUUUAUCCUCAAUUAUUUAUUUGAGUAUGUUAGCAAUUUCUUUAUUUCAUCAUCAUUUAUGUCGUCCUCCAUGUAUGAAAAGAUGGCUUUCAAAGCCAUUAACUAACAUACAUUAACAUGGUUGAUCUUAGAUAUUUAAGGACACAGAGUGUAAGUUUUAAUAAAAAAAAGUAGGUUCAAACUUAAUCUAAGACUACAUUAAAAAAUUGAACAUUUUUGCUAAAAUCCCUUUUCAACAGCUAAGCACUGUGUAAAUUUAACUUAAGAUGAUAGACAGUGCUCAAUUAUAUUAAUAGUAAAAAAAAAUAAUGCAACUUAAACAAAUGAAAAAGAAAAGGAUUGGCUGCAGGCUCCAGCACACAGCAACAAAUUUAAAAUUACAGAUGAGCGUCAGAGGAAAUGUAAUUAAAAACUGGAAAUAUAAUAGUAUUUCAAUUACGUCGAGGUGUGGUAUUUCUUUGAGGAGUUUAUCGUCACAAUUCUGCUCAUCUCUACAAUUUUCCAUUGCACUAAUAGAAUACCACUCAUCCUUAUUGAUGACCAAUCCUCCUCUAAUCAUUGGAUCCCAUGCCUCAGUGGUUCAUAAGGCUUUAGUAAUGUAUAACAUUAGAUUCCAAUAAAUUUUUGUUCCAUUCAGGUUUUUGCUCAACUAAUUAUCCCUACUUUAUUGAAGCGCUCUAUUAAUCUAAACAUUAAUAUUUUAUUGAAGGCACUGAAUGGAAUAUAAAGUGAUAAGUGCACCAUAGUAACUUUCUUAUGUACCAUGGAAACUUAUUUACUUAUUUACUUACGUAUGCACUAUAGUAACUUACUUACUUAUGCACCAAAGUAAGCUUAUAUGAUAAUAUGAAGUAAAUAACUGAAACCUCCCCCUUGUAAAGGGCUUUUCUUUAAAAUUAAGAAAAUUUUGAGUUUUUUUUGUUUUGUUUCAUUUUUCAAGGUGUAAUUUUAUUAACUGCUAAAAUUGCCUUUCAGAUCCAUUCCUCCCUCAAGUUGUGAAAUUGGCUCAGCAGUCGAGUGACAGACAAACUAAAGUGGCGGCUUGUGAGCUGCUCCACUCCCUAGUGCUGUAUGCAUUGGGCAGGGGCGCUCAUCUGCCUGGGGAGACACAGAAGAAGUACCCCAUGGAGAGAUUGUAUCAGAAACUGUUUCCCUCGCUGUUGAGCUUGGCCUGUGAUGUGGAGCAGGUAAAGAACUCUGGGAUAAACUUUUAUCACUAUUAUUAAUUAUGAUACGAUAUGACAAUAAUUUACUUUGUUUAACUUGGUUGCAUUUUAUUUCUGCACUCUUACAAGAACAUUUUAGGAAACUGGGACAUUGAUAUGAUAGUUAAAUAAGAAUAAGGUCAAAUUUCUAGAUGUCAUUGCUCAUUAAUUGAUUUGCUUAUAAAAAAAUCAUGUUAGAUUUAUUUCCCAAUGACCUUUUUUAGGUUUGUAAAGAUCUCUUUGAACCUUUGAUGAUGCAGCUGAUCCAUUGGUUCACCAACAACAAGAUGGCCGAAAGCCCUGAGACCAUGGCACUCCUGGACUGUAUAUUUGUAAGUGGAGCAACUGUCUAUCAGUGCACAGAAGAUACCAUGCACAGAUAUGAAACAUUUACAGAUUACAAAUAAGAUAACUGUGUCAUCUCUUACUUCUAUUUAUUUGGUGCCUAUUUGGUACAUAGAAACAUUCUAAUAACCAUCUCUCCGUUGUUUUAAAAAAAUUUCUAGGAUGGCUUAAUCCAGUCGACUGACACAGCUCUCAGAGACUUCAGUGCUAAGUGCCUCAGAGAAUUUCUCAAGUGGUCUCUGAAACAAAUAUCAAAAAAGGUAGAUAGUUUUUAAUCCUGACCGCUCUAAGUUUCCAAGUCCUUAUUUUUAAACAACCAACAUUUAGCUGUUAAGUUCGAUUUUUUUAAUAGACAUAAGUUCUUGUUGUUUAAAAAAUAAUGAGUUUUGUUUUCAGGCGGCCGAGAAAAAUCCAAUCAAUGCCAAGUCAGUGUUCAAGAGAAUCCAUAGUUAUUCUUCACAUCCAAGUGCUUUCAAAAGGCUUGGAGCAGCUUUAGCAUUCAAUAAUAUAUACAUGGUCUUCAGGUAACAAAAAUAAAAGUCUUUGACAAACAUCAAACACAUUUUUUCAGAUUUCAGUUGCUUUAUAUAUUCUUUAGUCAAAAUGGUUUUGUGUUACUUUCCAAGCUUUCAUGACAUUAUCAACCAUGCAAAUAACUGGUUGUAUAAAUUCUUCUUCAAUGAUUCCAAAAACAAAUUUUCUAACUCCAGGGAAGAAGAUGCUCUCAUAGACAGGUUCACAUUUGACACUCUGUCCCAUUUUGUAGACAGCUUGUCCAUGGCUCAUGAGGAUGACAAGUCUUUAGGUACUGCUAAAGUCUAAUCGCAACAUUUUGAUUUAAACAUCAGACUCUUUAAGUGUGGAUUCUUCUAAGAAGAAGUUUUGUUUUUUUAAUCAGAUUUUUACAAAAGCAUACUUUUGCUAAUUCUUAUAAAAAAUUGAAAAUUCUCAAACUUUUGAUGGCAUCAAGGAAUGACUUUGUUAAUGUUUAAAAUCUUAAACUUAAAAUAAACUUUGUUAACAGGUACACAGGAACAAAGCAUUAAAGCCUUAGAACACUUGGAAAGAAUUAUCAAAGGGAAAGCUGAGAUGCUGAAGAAAGACCCAGGUCCGAAAAUUCGCCCAGAACCAAGGUAAGAACAGUUUUAAAAUAAGCCAAAGAACCAUGGUGGAACCAAAGUAACUGAAUGAAAGAGAAGAAACAAGUUAGCUGAAUGAACAGAAUCAGAGGUAGAAAAUAACUCUGUAUUAUAUGAAAGAUUAAGUUGCCUUGAGUAGUCAUGCAAUAGAUUUCUUAAAACUGCAUUUUAUGAAAAUAACAGAUGCAGCAGAAAUAUUUAUUAAAAAAUUAUUUAGCAUUUAUUAUCCUGCUGCGUGUCAACUUUUGCGGGAAGGAAUGUCGGUCUGAGAGUAAGAUAUUAGAGAUUCCAAAAAAUGUAUCUACUUUUAAUUCAGCUCUUGGAGAAGCAGAAAGUUAGAACACGCUGUUCGUUGGCUGACAAGACAAUGUGGCAACCCUCAGACAGAGUGUAGACAUAUCUGCAUGAAGCUUGUCUUUAAUCUUUGCACUUUGCUGCCAGGUACAUGCCAGCUUUUUUAUAGUAUAAAAUGGAGUAAUAUUAGUAGUAGGAGGAAAUCUUGGGGAGAAAUCACCUUUUAAAACAUAUCUUUAAAUUACUUAAAAUAAUUCUAAGGUAAUCUUGAAUUGAUACAUUUUAGAAUAUCAUAUUUUAUUAUCCUUUGCUAUCUUGUUUUAUUUUAAUAGUAUUGCCAAAGAAACCCUGAAUUAUGAUUAUGGUUGGUUCAUACAAGGAACAAUAUAAAUAUGUUUAUUUCCUUUGAAUUUUUAACCUCUCCAAUACUGUUUUGUCGUGUAUCAUGGAGAGUGGUCAAACUUUGCAGAAAUGUGGUAGCGCUUACAUCACAGUAGUAAACUUCUUGGCAUAAGGUGGCAGGACAGAAUCGCUGAUACAAUUUCCUACAACUAGCUGAUUUUAUCAGCAUCCACUCGCUCCUAAAGAAAGGACACACCAGAUGGGCAGGGAAUGUUGCCAGAAUGCCACACAGCAGGCUUCUCAAACGACUGAUGUUCAGUGAACUCUCCAUUGGGAAAUGCUCAGCUGGUGGGCAGAAAAAAUACUUCAGGUACUUUGGAAACUGACCUUGAUUCAUGGGAGACACUUGUAGUGGACCAUACAAACUGUUGUGGCAGACUCACCAUUGGAGCAUAAUCCUCUGAGAAUAAGCGCACCACUCACGCCCGAAGAAAGCGGACUGCGAGGAAAAGCGGAAUCCUACCAAGACCCAAAUCAGCGUGGGUCCCACGUGCGGGAAAGCUUUCCAGACACAAAUAGAACUGAGUUUCUUUACUUGUUUAUUUCCCUUGAAAACCUCUAAUUCUAUUGUGUGGUGUACCAUGGAAAGUAGUCAAACUUUGCAGAUAUGUGGUGGGGCUAACAUCACAGUAGUAAGGGGGCUAACUAACACAAACAGUCAGUGAGUUUCUUACUUGUUUAUUUUCCAGGAGUUAAGUCGCCAGGAAACUUUUUUGACAUCUUGCACAAAGCAGAAGGAGCCUCCUAUUUUUUGAAAAGGUAAACUGUCAUUACCUGCCUUAUUGAACUAAAAUUUGGUGGACUGUUUAUUCCCAAUUUUAUCAUUGACAUUUUUCUAGUAGCCAUUCUGGGUUGAACAUGGAACAUAAAAAAAACUUUCUUUCCAGUUGGUUGAAUUAAGAUGAAAAAAACCAAAUGGUUUUACCUUAUUACUUGACAACAAUUUAUUCACACUACUUUAGUUUGUUGAACACACAAACUAAUUAUGAUUGAUAUCUCAAUCUGUUUAAAAUACUCUAAUUUGUAUGUUGUAUGUUGUAUUUUAUAUAGCCAUACCUCUUCCAUGAGAUAACUUCAGUAUAAUUCACAGAAGUUUCCAAUACUGUUUCUUAUGAUUUAACAUAUCUUACCUCCUGCAUUGUUUUAAAUUGAUGUAAAACUAUAGUAACUUUUGAAAAGCUUAGUUUGAUGGAAAAACUAUAUUUACAACUAACUGGUCUCCUACUAAAAUCAGCACGAUAUAUUUAAAGGGAAUUUACAAUAUGGGGUAUGAGCACGUAGGAAAAACUAUUAAUUUUUUCAGAGAAAAAAGUAAAAUGUGUUAGUUCAUAUAGUAUCCGCUUUCAUGGUUGACUGAGUAACAGUUCAUAUCGUAUCCACUUUCAUGGUUGACUGAGUUAACACUGGUUUGAUGACAAUAACAUGAAAUGAAAGGAAAUAAGUUAUUCAGAUCCUAAGAGAUCAUAUUUUUUUUAAUAAAAUAUAUAAUAAGGUAUGUUUUAAUUGGGACAUAAUCAACAUUCUGGAAUGGAGUUUAGAAACAAAAGCAUUAUUUUUGAACCAACCAGAUUUGAAAAAAGUAGGCGGUGUCCAUGAGCAAGCUACUCUGUCUUACCAAAACUGGACAUACCCCAUGAUUUUGGUUGAAAUUUAAAAUUUUAGAAGUUGAAUCUCCUCAUGAAUUUUUUUUAUUAUUCUUAUGAAAAACAUUUAAAAUGAAAUAUAUAGGUUGUUAACAUCUCCAGGCUCACUAAGCCACUGAUGAAAGUGGUUUCUUUACACUUUUCUUUUUAAUAUCCAAACCAGGCUAAAUAAAUAUUAUUUCGAGCUUCUAAUUCAAUGUUCACCCUGCACAGCAAGUUAAUAGAAACAAUUAUUUUGAAAUUUGGGCAGAUUCGAAGGUGGAGGUCAUGCGUCAAGUGAAUCUCACUGCCUCCUGUCUAAGCCGAUCAUGACUGAAGGCUUUGAGACUUUCACGCUGUCCACUGCCAGGAAAUGGUUUGAUUAUUUCCUUGCUGCCCUGGAUUGCUACUGCUGGGUGUUUGGUGAGGGCCUUAUGGUCCCCACACAGAUUUUCAAAGGUAAUUAGCUGAUACAUAUCAAUUGGAGCUAAUAGAUUUAAUUAUUAGAAUUAGAAAAAACAUAAUUUGAAGUUACAUAAAAUUUUAUUUAAAAUUGGAUACACAUAAUAUGAAAUUAGAUACAAAUAAUAUGAAAUUAGAUACAAGUAUUUGGAAUUUAGAUACACAUAAUUGGAAAUAAGACACGCAUAAUUCAAAAUUACUCAGCAAACCCUACAAUGAAAUGUUUGUUUUAAAAAGCUGACUUCAAAUUUAUAUCCAUAACUCAUAAUGUGAUUUGAAGACCCAACAACUAUUUUACUUUUAACAUAGGCGCAACAGCUAUUUUAAUUUUAACACAGAGACACACCAGCUAUUUUAAUUUUUAACCCAGACACACCAACUAUUUUAAUUUUAACACAGAGACAAGCUGUCAAUUUUUUAAUCUCGUACUAUUUUAUGCACCCAGUAAGUUGAAAGGUCUUUUUCUUUUAAAAUUUAAAAAAUUAGGCCAAGGCUCAGAGAUGAGUUGCCUGUUUAAGAGCCUAAGCUUCUUCCUGGAAAAGCUGUCUCUUUCUGAUGUUGAGUCUGCUGCUUGCCUAUUUCCCCAGAGGGAAUCUUCCGUGUUUACUCCAUGGGAGAAAGACGAGUACAGCAGGUACUUUCACUCUCUCUUGUCAUGUCUUCCCUCCCACCUCUUUGCGGUCCCACACCUAUCUCUGUCACCUCCAACCCACCCUCUGCAUUUCCCUCCCACCUCUUUUCCAUUCCUCCCUCUUUUCCCUCCCACCUCUUUUCCAUUCCUCUCUCUUUUCCCUCCCACCUCUUUUCCAUUCCUCUCUCUUCUCCCCCCCCCCNCCCACCUCUUUUCCAUUCCUCUCUCUUUUCCCUCCCACCUCUUUUCCAUUCCUCUCUCUUUUCCCUCCCACCUCUUUUCCAUUCCUCUCUCUUUUCCCUCCCACCUCUUUUCCAUUCCUCUCUCUUUUCCUCCCCACCUCUUUUCCAUUCCUCUCUCUUUUCCCUCCCACCUCUUUUCCAUUCCUCUCUCUUUUCCUUCCCACCUCUUUUCCAUUCCUCUCUCUUUUCCCUCCCACCUCUUUUUCAUUCCUCCCUCUUUUCCCUCCCACCUCUUUUACAUUCCUCUCUCUUUCCCCUCCCACCUCUUUUUCAUUCCUCCCUCUUUUCCCUCCCACCUCUUUUCCAUUCCUCUCUCUUUUCCCUCCCACCUCUUUUCCAUUCCUCUCUCUUUUCCUUCCCACCUCUUUUCCAUUCCUCUCUCUUUUCCCUCCCACCUCUUUUCCAUUCCUCCCUCUUUUCCCUCCCACCUCUUUUCCAUUCCUCUCUCUUUUCCCUCCCACCUCUUUUCCAUUCCUCCCUCUUUUCCCUCCCACCUCUUUUCAAUUCCUCUCUCUUUUCCCUCCCACCUCUUUGCCUUCCCAGCUCCUUCCACUGUCACCUCCAACCCCCCGCUGCAUUAGCCUCACACCUCUUUUCCAUUCCACCCUCUUUUCACUCCACCUCUUUGCUCUCCCAACUCCUUCCACUCUCACCUCUAACUCCCCCCCCCUUACAUUUUCCUCCCACCUCUUUUCCCUUGCACCUCCUUACCUUCAGUCAUUUUCCUCAUUUUAAUUUAUGUAAUUUAUUUUGUAAUUGUGAUACAAUUAAUGGCAAAAAUAUACAUUGCAUUUUGAUGGUCAUAACCAAUUGUUAUAAUUUUGUUUAAUGUUGCAGAAGAAAUUAAAUCUACACAAACAAGUUUCAUUUUGCAGCUUAACUAUUUUUUUGUUUUGAACUGUAGAGGUGUAACAUCCGAAAACUUAAGAUUCUUUUCUAAUACAUAUAUUACUUUAUACUUACGUUUACUCACUAAGGUUGAAGUGCACAGUAAUCAUAAGAAUUUGGAAUUUCUUCUCAAUUUUACUGGCCAAAUUUCCUAAAGAUGUUCCAGAGGUAUUCAUUGUUAUGCCUUAUUCAAUUUUAAACCAUGUUUUCCCCAUCUUGUUAUCUUUCAAAGUAAUUUUGUUUUACUUCACAGAUUGGUGUCCUUAUAAAUAUUAAACUUUCCCGUUUCAUGCAAUCAAGUAGAAACUGCUAAAAAAAUAAGUUAACUCAAUAAUCCCAUUAAACAUUAAUUACUAAGCAUUUAAAAUUGUAAACAAAUAUAACUUAAAAAUCUAUUUUUAGAAAAUUUUCAGGAACAUUGCAUUUUGUUUACGUGCAUUUGUCAGUCUUUAUUUUAACAUACAACUUUUCAGUUAAAGAGUACUUUCAUAUUUAGUUGUAAAUUUUGAGUUGGCUUUAUCCCUAUUCGUCCCAGCGGUUCUCAGCUAAAACAGAAGCAGAGAUUUUUUACAAACCCAUGGUCUAUUUCUACCAGGUGGUACCAACAGAUUUAUGGAAGGACAACCUGUGGCAACUGUUGUGUUUCUGUGUUGUGAAGCCAAGUGCCUUAGGCUUCAACAUGUCAGACACUGAGAUCAUGUUGCAGCUCCCUAAGGAGGUGACACAAUACUCUGGUUUAGAAUUACUUUUACUGUUGUGUGGGGUGUCAUUGAAAUGGAGUUUUAUUGAAAGGGGUGUCAUUAAUGGGGGUGUUUUUGAAAGGAGUUUUGUUGAAAGCAGUGUCAUUGAAAGGUGUACUAAUGAAAGAGGUGUCAUUGAAAAGGAGUGUUAUUGAAAGGGUUUUCAUUGAAAGGGGUGUCAUUCAAAGUGGUGUCAUUGAAAGGGGUGUCAUUCAAAGGGGUGUCAUUCAAAGGGAGUGUUAUUGAAAGGGGUGUUAUUGAUAAGGGGUGUUAUUAAAGGGGGGGGGGGUCAGUUAAAAAGGGUGUUAUUGAAAGUGGUGUCAUUGAAAGGGGUGUCAUUGAAAGGGGUGUCAUUGAAAGGUUUUAUUCCGAGUUCCUCUUAAUUCCUCUUGAGGCUUACCACUGUUUGGUCUGAUGACUGGAGCUGUCUGCAAUGCAGUUUGUUGAGGCAGGGGGGGGGGAGAGGCUGGCAUCUCUGCCUGAUGUUUUGAUAGAGUAUUAGAAUAGAAAUGAUUCUUUCUUAAGUCUUGUAGGAAUUAAACAAAACAAAAAUUGAGUUGAAAUAAAAUUUAUUAAGAUUUUGUUUGUAUUAAAAAAAACUAUGUUUAUUCUUGUUGCCAUAGUGUUUCUUACGUAAUUUUGAUACAAGAAUAUUAUAUAAGACUAUUUAUAACUCACCAAACAUUGGCGACAGCAAUGCGUGAACUUCCCAUCUACUAAAGUUACUUGACUAUACAUGAACUCAAGUAACCCACGUUUAAGAAUCCCAAUUUGUGCUACACCCCUUCCCCCCAUGAUACGUCACUGCACACUUUUUAUUUCACUAUAUUAAUAUUCUGAUGUCUCAACCACUUUUAAACCUAAUAUUCAUCACACCAUAUUUAAAUUGAGAUGAUUUCAUUUUCCGAAAAGAAAAUAUUAUGCACCAAACGCAAUGCGUUAUUUUAAAAAAAUAUAUAUAUAUUAAUAUUAUUUAACGUAGUUAUCGGGAAUUUUGCGCGAUAUUAAAAUCAUUAUUGAACCAUACUUUCUUUCAAACAUUUAGAAUUAUUUGUAAUAUACUUUCAAUACCAAAUUUGCUGAUUAGGAAGCAGUCCUUCAGGAAGCAGUCCAAGAGUCACACCAGAAACGUAAUAUAUAUAAGACAUGAUAUGGGGGGAAAAAUUAUUUUUUUCAUUUUCAAUUUUUAUUUACAGGUUUCUAAUCACUGCUAUUGAUUCUAUUUAAUAUCUCACCCACUCUAGAUGAAUACAGUUUUACAAGUUAUGAACAAACACCUGCCCGAUAGCCAGCAGAAGCAGCUGAAUCAUGCAUUGACUCAUCAUCUGGCCAGUGAAUGGUAAGUGAUAUUACGCAAAGUAUGCAUUGUGUUAUAAUCUACAAGUUAUUUUUAAUAUUAUUAUAUGAAAGCUUAUCUUUUUUAAAAGAAAAAAAACUCUUAAUAUUUCCACAAGGGGGAACUGAGAAGUAAGAUGUUGAGAUAAUUAAGAAGGGUUACUUGACUCCUGUUUUCGGUAAUGUUAACUCUUGAAUUGUCCCAACAACAGCAACCUGUCUGCAUCACUGCCCAUCAACUUAGCAUACUCUGACACAGAUCACACACAACUAGCUCAGAUGGUGGAAGGGUACAGGCAGCUCCACAGUACAAAACUCCUGGAGGAACACUUGCCCAAACCAGUGGCCAGGAGCAGCUUGGCUUCUAAACUGUUGGAUAAUGUUUUUGAGGUGAAUUUCUGCUGGGACUGCGGCAGAGUACUAUGCAUUACAUUGUCAUUUAUAACAUUGACAUCAUUAAAAAAUGAAAAUAAUAAGCACAGAGACCUACUACAAAUGCAUACAUUAUCACCUAUAGCAUUGAGAUCAUUAAAAAUGAAAUGGGAAAAUGUAUGCAUUGGCAGUUGAUCUCUGUGCUUAACAUUAUAACAUGGAAAUCAUUUUAAAAAUGAAAACAAUAAGCACCGAGACCUAAAGCCAAUUAGAUUUGACUAAAAUUUGCUCAGUUAGACUUUGUGAUUAGACAUUUGUUUGAGGCAUUUGGAGAAGUUAUUGAUAGCAGCAUGCUUUUUGUGGCAUUGAAUCAUGGCUUUGAGAGUAUUUGCAAGCAGUAAACAAGUGAUUUAUUGGUGGAAGCAUUUUAUAACAUGAAGAAAAGAUUGGACAUUCCUUUUUUUUUUUUUUUUAGUUGCAGCAGAUGAUUAUUUUUAAAGGGAAUAUUGUUUAGUUCCAAAAAGUUGUUCCCUCCGUUUUAAUUGUCUAAAAUUGAAUUCCAACCAGGGCAUUGUUGACAGGCAGGGUGAUGAGCUAGGUCGUGUCAACCUCAGCCAACCAGCAAUAAAUCUGGCAAAGUCUCUGCUGAUGCUGUCACUGGAGCUUGAUUUACCAGUAAGUAAAAUGAAUUGAUCUGAAAUGGCACAUGUAGGUUAUACUGAGAAUAUUUUUCUGAUGAUUUUAAUUUGUGUGUAGAAAAUAAUUUUUAAAAAAUAAACCUGUUUAAAUUAAAACCUAAUGCUUAAUUACGCCAAAUGAUAUUUGAUAAUCGCACUCAAUUUUUUCUGACUUGUGAUUGAGGCAAGGAUCAUUGAAUCUUUCGUCAUACCUGUAGGAUCUGCCUGCAGGGUCAAAGUUGUUUGCCUCAGAUCCUACUUUUUUGUAGUGUCCCAGGUCUCUUGGUUUGAUUUUUCUCAUGGCUGUUCACAGGUGUAAGAAACACCUAAUUUGAUUCUAUUUUAAUGAAGUCUUUCUUCCACAAAAUGAUAAUCAGCCUGACUUGCUGGUAGCAAAACUCCUGGACAAAUCAAAAGUUCAAGGUCACUCAAAGAGAAUGGAAGUAAAUCAUGGUGAUUAUUUUUUCACCAUUCUGGGGUCAACCAUUGCCGCCUUCCUUGCCACAUCAGGUCGAAAUAUCCUUGCAUCCCUACUCAGGAGGACAGAAUGUGACAGCCCUUGUAUUGGGAAUGUGUUGGUAGCGGUUCUUGAUCUUGUGACCAGGGACAGGUCACUUCGAAAAAGGUAUUUCAAAAUUAAACCAUGUGUUCUCAUUUUCCCAGUUUUGAGGGUUUACAUCUCAUUCUGUCUUUCUUUUCAUAUUUUAAACAAAAUGUCACAGUAAUUGUUUCAGAGCCAUUAGUUGUAAGACUAGCAAAAUAUAACUUGAGAGUAUCUUGGAUUUCUUUCAAAACCCUAGGCAUACUUUAUACAUGCCAUCAAUGAAAAUGGUUGUUUUUAAAGAUAAGAUGAGAUAAGAUUUAUUGAUAUAAAAAAAAAAAUGGAAAUGUGUUUUGAUUACAUUGUACAUCUCCAUUUUCUGCAAAUAGAUAAACAUUUUGAAUAAUAUUUUUAAAAAAUUUAUUUAAAGUAUUUCGGAAGCACAAAAACUAGCCGUCAUAUGCCGUAAACAUUUAAAACUGAUUGUUUGAUUUUAUAAUGGCCAUGGACUCACUUUGGCGUAUUAUGACACACCGGGGAACAAUAGAAUUUCUAUAUCUUUGGGUCCUUACUUUAAGGGGAAAAAAUUUACCCUGAUGGAGCUCAUUUUAAGUUACUGUGAUGAAGUGGGUGGGAUGUAUUGUUAAAGUCUUACAAAUUCAUCUUGCUUUAAAUAAUUUUGUUGAGCAAAAUGUAGUUUGUGUAAUAUCAAUAGAGUUUUUGAUAGGUCUGUUUAAUGGGUCAAAGAUCAGAUAACUUCUUGAAACAAUGCAAUCCUAAACAAGUAAAUUGUAACAAUGCAAUCCUAAACAAUUAAAUUGUAACAAUGCAAUCCUAAACAAGUCAGUUGUAACAAUGCAAUCCUAAACAAAUCAAUUGUAACAAUGCAAUCCUAAACAAGUCAAUUGUAACAAUGCAAUCCUAAACAAGUCAAUUGUAACAAGGUUAUUCUAAUCAACUCAUUGUUAUUAAAUGUCCAAGGGAUGGAGUCCGCCUGUGUCAAGACAUCCUUGACCACUGGGAUAAGCUAAGUCCCUGGUGGGGUGAUAGAGCUACUACAAACACUCAAAGUCUGGCUCUGCUUAUCCUCACUAAGCUACUACUCAUUGACAGCAAGGUAAUGAAACAUGUGUCCAUGUUACAAUUUAUCCUCACUAAGCCAAACAUGUGUCCAUGUUACAAUUUAUCCUCACUAAGCCAAAUAUGUGUCCGUGUUACAAUUUAUCCUCACUAAGCCAAAUAUGUGUCCGUGUUACAAUUUAUCCUCACUAAGCCAAACAUGUGUCCAUGUUAAAAUUUAUCCUCACUAAGCCAAAUAUGUGUCCAUGUUACAAUUUAUCCUCACUAAGCCAAACAUGUGUCCAUGUUAUAAUUUAUUCUCACUAAGCCAAACAUGUGUCCAUGUUACAAUUUAUCCUCACUAAGCAAAACAUGUGUCCAUGUUACAAUGUAUCCUCAUUCAGCCAAACAUGUGUCCAUGUUACAAUUUAUCCUCACUCAGCCAAACAUGUGUCCAUGUUACAAUUUAUCCUCACUAAGCCAAACAUGUGUCCAUGUUACAAUGUAUCCUCACUAAGCCAAACAUGUGUCCAUGUUACAAUUUAUCCUCACUAAGCCAAACAUGUGUCCAUGUUACAAUUUAUCCUCACUAAGUCAAACAUGUGUCCAUGUUACAAUUUAUCCUCACUAAGCCAAACAUGUGUCCAUGUUACAAUUUAUCCUCACUAAGCCAAACAUGUGUCCAUGUUACAAUUUAUCCUCACUAAGCCAAACAUGUGUCCAUGUUACAAUUUAUCCUCACUAAGCCAAACAUGUGUCCAUGUUACAAUUUAUCCUCACUAAGCCAAACAUGUGUCCAUGUUACAAUUUAUCCUCACUAAGCCAAACAUGUGUCCAUGUUACAAUUUAUCCUCACUAAGCCAAACAUGUGUCCAUGUUACAAUUUAUCCUCACUAAGCCAAACAUGUGUCCAUGUUACAAUUUAUCCUCACUAAGCCAAACAUGUGUCCAUGUUACAAUUUAUCCUCACUAAGCCAAACAUGUGUCCAUGUUACAAUUUAUCCUCACUAAGCCAAACAUGUGUCCAUGUUACAAUUUAUCCUCACUAAGCCAAACAUGUGUCCAUGUUACAAUUUAUCCUCACUAAGCCAAACAUGUGUCCAUGUUACAAUUUAUCCUCACUAAGCCAAACAUGUGUCCAUGUUACAAUUUAUCCUCACUAAGCCAAACAUGUGUCCAUGUUACAAUUUAUCCUCACUAAGCCAAACAUGUGUCCAUGUUACAAUUUAUCCUCACUAAGCCAAACAUGUGUCCAUGUUACAAUUUAUCCUCACUAAGCCAAACAUGUGUCCAUGUUACAAUUUAUCCUCACUAAGCCAAACAUGUGUCCAUGUUACAAUUUAUCCUCACUAAGCCAAACAUGUGUCCGUGUUACAAUGUAUCGUCACUAAGCCAAAUAUGUGUCCAUGUUACAAUUUAUCCUCACUCAGCCAAACAUGUGUCCAUGUUACAAUUUAUCCUCACUAAGCCAAACAUGUGUCCAUGUUACAAUUUAUCCUCACUAAGCCAAACAUGUGUCCAUGUUACAAUUUAUCCUCACUAAGCCAAACAUGUGUCCAUGUUACAAUUUAUCUUCACUAAGCCAAACAUGUGUCCAUGUUACAAUUUAUCCUCACUAAGCCAAACAUGUGUCCAUGUUACAAUUUAUCCUCACUAAGCCAAACAUGUGUCCAUGUUACAAUUAAAAGUUGUAUAUUGACGUGACCACCUCCACUCAUUCAUUUGUACUUGUGAAUUAAUUUAAUUUCUAUACUGUAAAAAACAUGUCAUUUUCCGUUUAUACCGUAAUAAUGGUUGGUCAAAUAUUUCUUGAACCUGUAAAAAUUUGUGCCAGAAAAGAAAGCCAGACUAAAAUUGGAGAGUAAUAUAAAGUUAUUCUUUUGAGCAUCACUUUGAAAUUAAAAUUUCUUCUGUUUAAUUUUUUUUUUAAUAAUUUAUUUUUUCACAGUGUGCUACUGAUUCUGGUCACAAGUCAUUUGCUUCUGUGUUUAGUAUGUAUCAGCUGAUGCUCAAAGAUGUCAGGACCACAAUGAGUUUUAAGGUUCUUAAAUCUUUUAUGAGUUUUUUUCAUUUAUUGAGCAUUAAGACUAUGUUAUGAGUAACAAUUUUAGAAGCUCUUUUGGUCACUUAAAAUGUUAAAUUUAAAAAUUAUUGAUAUUUUUGUAUGACUUCCAAGCUUAUCAAGAAUCUGUCAUGAUUUCUUUUAAACAGGAUGAAUUUUGACAGUAAAUGAUUUUUGAUUUUUUUGCUUACAAUUUUGCAUUAGCAUGAAGUAGUUGGAUUAGGACAUUAAGUUAAAAUAUACAUGAAGAGGUCCAUAUUUAAUUAUUUUUUUAGACCCUAGCUUUACUGUAUUUGUAAACAGAAAUAAGUCAGUUAUAAAAUAAUCAAUGUUUCAGAAAUGUUCAAUUGAGAUUUGAACUGUUAAAAGUUAGUGGUGUAUCUAUUAAUGAAUCCUUAGUUAAGCAAGAGUACCACAUAGUGCUAAUUAAGUUAGGUGUACUGUGACGUGACGUACGUUGUCUAGGGGUCGGUCCCCUCUGUACUAGCCACAGAACAAUUUUUCAAGGGUCUAGAACCCCUUUAUUUCCAGCUCCUACAGAGCUGACUCUUGUUCCAAGUAUCAACAAACAAUUCAGGGAUUCAGAUUUUCUUAUUUAUUGGCUAUGUGUGCCUAUAUACCACUACACAAAACUGUUAAAGUUACACAAGUCUUCUUCCAUCCGUAGAAAAACUCACUGUUUUCCAUACAGUGCUGGUUAAGUUAGGUGUUCCAUACAGUGCUGGUUAAGUUAGGUGUUCCAUACAUUGCUGGUUAAGUUAGGUGUUCCAUAAAGUGCUGGUUAAGUUGUUAAGUGUACCAUAUAGUGCUUGUUAAGUUAAGUGUACCAUAUAGUGUUGGUUAAGUUAAGUGUACCAUAUAGUGUUGGUUAAGUUAAGUUUACCUUAUAGUGUUGGUUAAGUCAAGUGUGUCAAGUGUUCCAUACAGUGCUAGUUAAGUUAAGUGUACCAUACAUUGCUGGUUAAGUUAGGUAUUCCCUACAGUGUUGGUUAAGUGUACCAUAUAGUGCUAGUUAAGUUAGGUGUUCCAUACAUUGCUGGUUAAGUUUGGUGUUCCAUAAAGUGCUGGUUAAGUUGUUAAGUGUACCAUAUAGUGCUUGUUAAGUUAGUGUACCAUAUACUAGACAACACUAGACACAUUUGUGUCUAUUGCCUCAAGCCUUCAAACCCCUAGUGCAUAAUUUCCUCAUCACCACCAGUAACAGAAACAUUGCAAAUCCCAUCUACAUGCAUAGGAGCCAAAAUGAUCAAUAAAUUGAUCGUGGGCCCUUAAGAUAUAGAAGAAGAAGAAAUUUACCAUAUAGUACUGGUUAAGUUAUGUGUUCAAUACAGUGAUAGGUAUACACUUGUACAUGUUUUAAAGGCAUACAAUUUUACACAUUUUAAAGGAAUACAUUUGUACAUAUUUUUAAAGUAUACGAUUGUACAUGUUUUAAAAGUAUACAGAUGUACAUAUUUUAAACAUGUACUAUUGAAUAUGUUUUUUUCCCCUCAAUAAUCACAGAACCAGGCUCUGAAUUUGUUGGCUUUCUUCGCUUUACUAAAAGGGAGGCCAGAAGAGGAACUCAAGUAAGUGUGAACAAAAGUCUUUGUUCAGUUUAAUUAGAUUAUAUGUUUCAUUUGGAUUUAUUUUCUCAAGACUGGUGUUGAAAAGACAUAUUAGAAAAGACUAGUUUGACAGUUUUAGAGAAGACUUUUUAUGGUCUUAGAGAAGACUGGUGCUACAUUUUUAGAGAAGUCUUGCUAUUGCCUUGACAAAUGUUCACUGAUCUGUGACCGCAGUACCACACAAGUAAGAUCAGACAAAUGUUGAUUGAUCUGACUGCAACACAAGCCAGAUCAGACAAAUCCCAGACAUUUCUGGGUUUCCUUUAAUGGUGUGACUAUCUCUAUGACCUACCUUUUGAGGGCCAUGUAAGACAUAUUCCACUGAAGCCCAGACAGACUUAACCCACAGACUUCAACGGACUACCAGAGACCAUUCCUUGAGACUGACUGCAAGCCCUUGUUUUAAGUGAUUGUGAUAAAAUGCUUAUAGUUGAGUUUUAAGGUUGAGAAUAAAAUCUUGAAAUAACUGUAUUUUACAAUAUAUGCACUUUAUAAGAAUCCCAAUUAGUGCUCCCUCCCCCCCCCCCUCAAGGAUCACUACCGCACAUUUUUUUCACACCCCUGAACUAUAGAAAUGUUCUAAUGACCCUUCACAUUUUUUUCAUAUUCCCCUUGAAAAACAAGAAAAACUGAUUUUUGGGGCGGUGAGGCUGAAAAUUUAAUAGAAUGUGUUGUAAAGAGGGUAUGUUCCAAGUUUCUCCUGGAUAGGUUGGUGGGAAGUGGGUCAGUUAGCUGUCGGAAGAUUUUGCCAGCCAGCCAGCCAUGAAUAAAAGCAAAGCUAAUAUAAAGGAUUUAAAAAAGAAGGGUUUGGAAUGUCUUUUAAAAAUUGUUCACUUCUCCUUCUAGAGAUACUCUGAACAGAUUCAUAGCUGACAAUUUUCCCCUGAAGAGCUCUGAGUUUGAAGCUGGGACUCCCAAGUUCAAAGAUUACAUUAUGUCUAUUGAUAAGGUAAUUGCUGUCCAUCCAUACAAUGAUAUUAGCUCCGCUGAAGCUACUAAUCAUACUGAGUGGAGUCUUUAGUGUAUGUGCAAGAUUUUGUUCUAAAGAAAUUAUUUCUUGAAUAUAACGACAUUAAGCAAUUCAUUCUGUUAUAUAAUGCUUCAGAUAUUGAUGGCGAUGGAGAUGACAGGAAGUUUGAUGUUGCUGGAGAUGUUGAUAAGUGUUUACUGCAAGGAGGGAAAACAUCCACAUGAAGAGGCCAUCCAAUUGGCCAUCAGCAGAUUUGUUCAGAGGUAAAAACUGUAAAAGUGUUUCAAAUCCUAUGAAUUAUUGAGUCAUUUUGUGAGGUGGAAUAAAUUGAAAGUGAUGGAUACAGGAAGGGAACAUCUGGCAUGGGAUUUGUUGUUAUAGUUGUCUGCCGCUUGUAGUUGUCCGCCCCCUUGUAGUUGCCUGCCCCCUUGUAAGUGUAGAAAUUAAGCCAGCUAAAUAAACUUUUGUCUUAAUCAAUCAAUUUGCCUCAUGUGUAUGAUGCUACUCCAUCAUGCAUGUCACAAGCCCCACCCUACCCUAUUAAGUAUGAUGCUACUCAUUCACCCAUGCCACAACCCCCACCACGCAUUCCACAAGCCCCACCCUACCCUCCAAAUAAUGAUUGCUCUUUCUGGUUAUUUUCUUUCUGGAUCCAUCAUUUAACCCUACAUAACAAAUGAACAUAAGCUUGCUAUAAAUUAUGGGCUUGACUUUGCCUUAACAUCGUAUGUCAUUUUGUAAGUCUGUUUUCGUGAUGGUCAUUUCGUGUUUAAAUAUUUUAAUUUAGAUAUUUUUAAAUUUAAUUUUUUUUUAAAAUCUUUUGAUCAAGACUUCCAUUAGACCAGCAAAGACCAGCCAUCGAGGUUCCACUUGGCAUAUUUCUAAACACAUCAUUCACAUCUGAGAUACGUAGAGCAGCCAUCGAGAGCGUGUGUCUGCCCAUGCUGAGAAAAGUCUCCCCUGCAACCAUGAAGGAGUUUUUCUGUAAUCAAAUUCAUGAACUGAUCAAUUACAUAGAUGUGAAACUGACCACGGUAACUUAUAUAAUAUGCUAUGUCCUUUAAUGUAUUCUUGUUCUUUAUAAUUGGAUGUACCCUUGGCUUACUCAAUGAUCAACAUAGCAGAACAGCAACCAUGACAGUUGUGUCAUGUGGAAAAAAAAAUCACUGAGGAGAUAUCAAGUGCAUGAACUGGACGAGGAAACAAUUUCCAAAUUAAUUCAAAGUUUCAAAGUGUGAAAUACCUCAGAGCCACGUCAAAAAGACCAAAAUUUCCAUGAACAAGCAACAGAUAGUUUACUAGCUUGUUUUCCUGGUAGCUAUGUUUUAGACUACAAUGCUUUACCAUGUAACAAUGUUGUGCUUUAUUUUGAUGAUAUAAUACAACAGACUUCAGCUUCAGUCAUUUUCUGGUCAGCUCUCUGGUCACUUCUACUAGGGUCUUCUGCUGGAGUUUGCUCACUUAGCCAUAUGCCUCCCUAGCAUCAGAUUCAUCAGUGAUAGUGUUAGUUUCCCACCGCAAAUAGUCUAAAAAAUUUUGUCCGUUGUCUCACCUUAAAAUUAUAUUUGUAGAAAUGUUGUGCAACCAUGCCUCUUCUGUUUUGGGCUGUGUAAAUUUAAAAUUAUUUAAAUUUUCUGUUUUCAAGUUAUUGAUUUAAAAGUUGUUUUUCAUAGCUAUAAGUUUGACAUUGAUAUUCAUUUACUUCAUGAACACAUCUUUGGCUUAAACUAAUUACUUUAUUAAAAAAAAAAGACUUCAGAAAAUCUCCUGGAGACUCAGCUGACCUGCAAAAUCUGCAGCUUCCAGCUCCUGGAGGGGAUGUAUGGCUGCAUGAGUAAAGAUGAGGUCAACUCCAAGUCUUCUGUCAUCAAUCGCAAGUUCUGUAAUGGGAAAGAUGAAACGGGCAAAGAAAUGACUCAGAAAAUAACAAAGUUAGUUUAAAAUUUGUGUUACAUCAAACAUACAAAGUGGCAAACAUUUUGCCGCCAACAAACAAGGAACAAACACACUCACCCCCACCCUCUCCCCUCCCACACCCUCAAAAGAAAAGAAAACUGCAGAUGGCCAAAAAUUGCAUUCCUCCAUAUAAAACAAAAAGGGCAGCCUUUGAAAGAAAACCACUCUGCGGCCCACUUCCUAAGUCACUGAUACAAAGUUAGUUUGAAAUUUUCAUUACAUCAAACAUAAAAAGUUAGUCAGAAAUUUUUGUCAAAUCAAACAUACAAAGUUAAUCUGAAAUUUUUGUUACAUCAAACAUUGAAAGCUAAUCUGAAAUUUUUUUUGCAAAGUUAGUCUAAUAUUUUUGUUAAAUCAAACAUACAAAAAUUAGUUUCAUAUAAAUUUAUUGCAUCAAACAUGAGAGGUUAAAACAAAUUACUGAGGUGAGGUUGUUAAAAUAUUUCCUUUCAGAUGUGCUAAUGAUGCUAAAAGUGAAGAUACUAGAGGUGAAACGAUGUUGGUGAACCUGAGACGCCAGUAUCACUGCUAUGCUUACAACCUGCUUGUGUCCAUCAUCUCUUGCGUCCAGACUGACAUCAAGUUUUAUAAAGGAUUUCUCUUUCAGGAUAAUGUGGCCAGGGUGAAUUUUGCCUAUAGAGAACUUUAUUUUUAGAAAUUUUUAAAUUUUUUUUAUGAUCUUAUUAAAUAAAAAAAUGAGUUCCUACAUGUGAAUGUGAACACUUCUUAGUUACUUAUUUAUUUUUUUUAUAAUUGCCAAAGAAUUAUAAGAUGUUUUAUAUAGUAUCAAUAUUUCACACAAUUAUUUUACUAUUUAAUAUAGCACCCUUCCAUUAAAAUGCAAAUUUAAAUUUGAUUAGAAUUCCUUUUUAUCCAAAUCUCUGCUUUAAGGGUCAGUUUUUGCUGGACAACAUCGUAGAUUUGGAUCGUGUUUUUGAGUUUGAAGUCGAUUUAAAGGUAACUCUAAAUUUUGUUUUGUUAUCAUCUAGUCUGGAAUAAAUUACUAUUAGGCAUCUUUCUUCUUUUUUUUUUAAUCAACAUGAGCUUUAAUGAUUAUGUAAUACUAACAUUAGCUUGCCAGUAAAAUUGCUAUCACGUUGUAAAAAAAAUAAUAAUUUGGAAAAAAUAGAUUAUAUUGAUAGCUUAUUAAUACCAGAUUUGAAGAAUGGACCAAAAAUUUUCCCCAACCACAGGAUCCCAUUGAAAGGCAUAAAAGAUUUGUAUCCAUUCGCCAUGAAGCAAGAGAAAAGAGGGGUGACCUGAACAGAACAGUGGGGGAGGUGACACCAUCACUUCACCUUGCCACACAGUAUCUGGCUGACAGCAGCUUGACGGAUGACUUAAAUCAGUAUGACUUCAACAUGUCAAAUAUUGGACAGGUUGUGACUUAGAAUUAAAUUCACUUAACUUGAGCUUUAACAUCUGUUGUUUUUUUUUUUAAAUAUUCACAUUUUGACAAUAAAGUUUAUGUGGGGACGUAGCUGUUGGAAUAGAUUAUAAUUAAGCCCUUGUUAUUGUAAUAAUGAUGAAAUCUAAAACAAAAUUUAUUGGAACGAAUCUUUCAGAGUGGAUCUUAUGGUCAGGGAAGCAUAAAAAUUACCAGCCGAGCAAGCUCAGAAGAUGAUCCGGUAAGUUAGAUCAUUGAAUCUGAUAUCAGGCAAAUUUGUUAGGCUCUUCAAUAUUAAAUAUUGUAAAUUAAUGCAGAUUUAAAAAAGGAAAUUUUUUUCAGAUUGUCACCAGGUUAUUCUAAAAUGAACAGUUUUAAUGAAAGCAUUAACGUUUUGAAUCCUGUAUAUUGUAGCUAUAGAAACUCAAUUUGGGUUUAUAUAAUUCCUCUUUAUAAAUAACACUAAUACACAUGAACAAAAAAAAAAAGGAAAUAAAUCAUAAGUUCAAAUUGAGAUUUCUUUCAAAACAUUAUUUUAAGUGCAUUUUAUUAAAUACUAGUGUAAUAAAUUAUAUAAUUAAUAGUUAUAGCUUAGGGCCAAACAAUGGUGGUGGUUAUAAGUUAACUUCCCUUCUACUAAGUUACUUGACAAAAAAAUGUAUUAAAGAAAAGCACUUUAUGAGAAUCCAACUUACUGCUACCCUCCUCCUCCGUGGGUAUGCCACCACACACUUGUUUACGGCCCUGAACUAUGUUAAUAUUUUAAUGUUCCACCCCCUUUCACAACUCAGAUUAAUUUAUUACAUCAUAUUUAAAUUGAUUCUAUUUCCAUAAAACAAAAUAAUAUAUUAUGUACCAAAUGCACUUGCAGUAUUUUUAAGAAUCUCUUUUAGCUUAGUUAUCUGGAAUUUUAUUUCCAGCACUAUUGAAUUCACCAUUACACAAUACUUACCUAGAGAAUUAUAUUGAUUUAUUCUUAAUGAGAAAAGACUUUUAAGAUUUUCAGUAGCCUGAGAGAUCUGUCUGUUCAUAUUUUGAAUAUUUCAGUCUGUGUAUAUGUCAGUGUCAGAUGAGUUUAUAGAGCUGGACAUGGAUGAGCUGAAUCGACAUGAGUGCAUGGCACCACUGAUAGCACUCUUAAAACACAUGGCAGCCAGCAAUGUUACGCCUGAGAUUCCAAAGGUAAGCAGUUCUAUAACACAUAGCAGCCAACAAUAUCACACCUGAGAUUUAAUAGGUAAUGUUUGGAUGACACAAAAAUAAUUAAAACAAUAAUUCAUAAUUUGAAUACAAAAUUGAUAAUGUUAGAGAUAAAAUUUCAAUUUAAGCUCUUUUGAUGAGAAUGUCAGCUCUUUAAAAUAUUAAAAACAUUUGAGUUACAAAAAUAUCUGAAUGAAUAAAAUUGCUAAUUAUUUUAAAGGGAGCCCUACCAGCAGAGAUGCCAGCUUGGAUGCCGUACUUACAGGAGAAGAUGAUAAAUUCUAGUACACAUUUAAACAUCAAACUAUUCAUAGCCAAACUGGUUAUGAACUGUGGUCAGGUACCAAUUUGUGUUGGUUUUUGUGUGCAUCUCUUAACUUCUUUACACAAACUGACAUAGCCUAAAAAAACAAAAGCUAAUCUUUUGACCACAAUCUUUCUCUUAUUUUUAAAACAAAUACAGAUUUUCUCUUAAUAAACGUGCUCGAUAAUAAAAAAGAAAGAGAAAAAAAAAGGUGCAAUUUUGAAAGUUACUUGAAGUGUUAAAUGGACCUUAUAUUUUGAUUUGUUAUUAUAGCCAUCGUAAUCCAUAUUUUUGGGGGUUACCGGAAAUUUGUUUGAAAGAAAUUUAGUCGACAGAAAAUUGAACGAAGGAAAUUGAUCGAAAUUUGGUUGAAUUUUUUUUUCAGUUCACACGUUAAAAUUUUCGUCAAAUUUCUUUUUGAACGCACUAUACUAUUUAGUAAAAUAAAAUAAUGCGUUCAAAUGACGUAAGAUUUGACUUCAAACAAGUUUCCGGAUACUAUUUUCUAGAUACUAGCUUUAAUAAGCUCAGUUGAAUGGUUUGUUCCAUAGAUCUUUCAGCCGUAUGCCAAGUUCUGGUUGCGCCCUCUAUGUCAGCUGAUUCUCACGCCUGCUGUCAACAAAGGUGGCCUGAACUACUUUGUAGUUGAUGUUGUCAUCACCAUGAUCACAUGGCACACGGCAGCCAUCCCAGGGGUGAAGUUAUAGAUUAUCACACUUACUUCUCUGUAUGACUUAACAUAUCCGCUCAUUAACAUGACGCUGUGAUACUUCAUACUUUUAUCAAGUUGUUGCCAAUGAAAGUAAAAUUGUAAAAAAAAAAAUUAGCUCAUUCUAUGCAAAAAAUCAUGAUAAACAAUCACUUUAUCAAAUCAUAUAAAGAAGAAAAAAUUUCCAUGAAAAAUAUAACAACGAAAAUGCUUGUAUUGUCUUCAUAAAUGACUUGUAACUUAUCUUCUGUAUCACACAGGACUCAGUUGAGGAACGAGCAAUGGCUUCUUGUAUAGUCCGCCUGAUAGUAGAAAACAUCUACCACUCAUCUCGCAACAUUUACAGGAAUAAUCUACAGUUGCUCAAAAUUGUUCUUGAAUGCUGGCACGAUAGAGUAGAUCUACCAUAUGAGUAAGCUCUAAUAUAACUAGGUCUUGUCGGCGUUUAAGUAAUAUUAAAGUUUGAGAUGGAGUCUACAAAAAAAAAGAAAGAUAUAUAAUGAUAUCAUUGACACUUCCACACUUGUUACUAUCAUUCAGAUGUUUUCUAAUAUUUUCCGCCCAACAUUUGAUUGCAGUGCUAUUUACAACAUGUUGAAAAAUGCCAAAUCAAAAGCUCUGGAGUCCACAACAGGUGUACAGGUUGUUGGUGUCUUACUUGCAUGCAAGUUUCCUCCUUACGGACCCUCUGCCCCAGUUGACAAAGACAGGUAAGGUUUAUAAUGAAGACAGUUAUUCAAUUAGUAAAAAAUUUUAUGAUUUCAGAGUACUUCUAAAACAUUGUUCAUCUUUUUUUAAAUUCUCAUCAUACAGCAUCUUUUUUAAAUCCUUUUAUAAUAACUUUGCUUUUGUUCGUGGCUUGCAUAAUCUUCGAACAUGUAAUUGACCCACUUCCCGUCAACCUAUCAAGCUGAAGCUUGGAACAUAGACUCAUUGCCGAUGACAACACAUUCUUUCAAAUUUUAAUUUCAUAUUUUGGCAUUGGUUUCAAAUCUUCUUAUUUUUUUUUUGCUAAAUUACUUUUUAAUUUCUCACUUAUCAGUCCUACUGAGACAUUUUUUGUCAGCCAAACUGAGCUUCGAGGUCUUACGAUCUCAUCAAAUGAGAAACUGCACAUUUAGCUGUAUUCACAUUUGGAGGCAAAGAGCUCUAACUCUCUGUAGGGAUCACAUCAUUCACUCCCUUCAAUAUCAUCAUUUAUAUCAAAGCUGCUGUCAUGUUCUUUGUUUCAGAUACCUCAGCACACUGUCAAACCUGAUGAACCAUGGCCUGAAAUUGGUUUAUGCUGCAACAGCUGAGGUUGUUGGUCUGAUAUUCCGUCACCUUGCUGAUGUUGAUAAGGAAACUGAUGGAACAUUCCAUGAGACCACCACAACACAUUUGACUGGCCUGGCCAACAGCAGGGUGGAUAUAUUCAUCACCUGUGUCCAUGGGAUCCAUUUGAGCUAUCCCCCAUUCACGGCUAGGUAAAUCUAAGCCGGCUGAAUUGAAAUGACAGAUUAGUUUGAUCAAAGCUUCAAAACAUUUUAGUUUCUUAACACUUCAUCUGUCAGAGAUUAAGAUUGGCAAAUGAUUCAGCAGAAAAGUGCAUAGAAAAAAAACAUUUUCUUUAUAAAUUGACAGAUUCACCAGCAAACUCUUGUACCUGCUUCCCAAGCUGCAUGCCCAUGCUAGAGCUCAGUGCCUGGAGGUCAUCCUAGGCCAUGUGGAUCACAUGGAGAAUGCUUAUCAGGAGAUGAACAGCCAAGGACUGGCAGAUUUCUUGACUCACAGGUCAGAGGUCACCAAAUACAUGUUGCUUUAGUGAGAGAAUAACAGCCACAUUAAACUAGCAUUUUUUUAAUUAAAAUCCUUUAUAUUAACUUGGCUUUUGUUUGUGGGUGGCUGCCAAAAUUUUCAGACAGCCAGUUGAAGCACUUCCCUUCAACCUAUAGAGCUCAAAUUUGGCAUAUGGACUUGCUGCUAAUGAAAACACUUUUUUUUUCAAAUUUUCAGCCCCAACCUCAAUAUUUCAAGGGGAACAUGAAGGAGAAUUCCAGAUUACUGCAUUGAAUGAUUUUUAAAAUAUUUUUUUUAAGUAUCGCAAGUGCGUUUGGUGCAUAUUAUUUUCUUUUGUUUUUCUGAAAAAGUUCUGAGUGGGUCAUUAGAAUAUUAAUGGAGUUCAGGGGCCUGCAAAAAAUGUGCGGUUGUGAGCUGGGGUGGGGUGGGGGGGGGGCUUGGUGUGUUGUGCACUAUUUGGGAUUCUUAUAAAGUGCCUUACUUGUAUGCAUGCAUUAUCAAAUUUUCUGCCCCACCCCCCAUUGCUCAGUAUUACAUUUUGUAAAGGAUGUAUAAGAAAAACUCUGUUUUUAGGGGUUCUUUGAUUAUGUUUUGUUUUUAUAUAUUAUAUAUAUUAUAUUUGAUUUUGUUUAGUUGUUGUUUGGCAAAACCUGCACUCUAUGCUAUGUCAUUUUUGUUAGAAGAUUUUAAAAAAAUGUGUCACAGUCAAAUUUAUGCCAAACUGCAUAAAAAUGUGUAGACAUCUUAUGUUCAGGUCUAUGUCAGUAACCCUAUUCAACAUGUAAAAAAAAAUAUAUUUAGUCCGAUUUGUGCCAUAAAUCACAUCAUAAUGGUACAGCUCCUAAAUCUGAAAGUAUUUCUUAUGCUUCUCUUUUUACUGAUAAUUUUUUUCAGGGAUGAAGAGACCCAAAUAGUUUCUCUUAAGAUUGUGAGAGCCCUGAUGGUCAAGCUGACAGGGGCUGAACUAUUGCAUCUGCUACAAGCCAUGACACGCUACUCAGGCAAAAGGAAUCCAUCUUGCAGAAAAAUUAUUCUGGAUAUUUUAAUGUGGGCUUAUGACAAUUAUAGGUGAGUUUGGUGAGAGUUAGUGAGAUUGGUGAGAUUUUGUAAUUGUUUGAAGAUCAUUUCUAUUGACCUGAUAUUUUAAGUUAUUUAUACACUCUGUCCAAUACUCACUUAUAAAUAUUAAAGUUGUAUUUAUUUUUUUAAUAGCUUUGGGAUAUGCUUACGUCAAUUUAUGGGAAUUAUGGUAUUUAGUGUGAACAUUUUUGGAUUGUGAGUUUAGAGCAUUAGUGGUAUCAGUUUCUCAAUAUAUGAUUGGCUGAAAGUGGAGAUGAGAAUAAGUAAGUGUUGUGUGUAUAAAUAAUGUGACAGUGAGAAGAAUACAGUGGUACCUGGACUUACAAACUGCUCUACAUACAAACUUUUUUGAUAUGCCAUAUUGACCUCUGCAUACGAACCCAGAAUCGACAUACGAACCACGAUGCAAUGCGUUUGCGCAGAUGCCCUUUGGUGUUUAUGUAUCAUUUAUCUGGAAUAUGACACAACAUGUGGUCUGUUCAACCAACAAGUGGUGUGUGCGACAAAUGAGUGGUAUGUGCCAUAAUGAGUGGUGUGUGCAAUAAUAAGUGGUGUGUGUGUGACCAAUUGGUGAUGUGUGUAACAAAUUGGUGGUGUGUAUGAUCAAUUGGUGGUGUGUGUGACCAAUGAGUGGUGUGUGCAUGCUUCAUGUAAAUAUUUGCUUUUUAAAAAAAAAAUUAUUUUAUUAUUUGUGUAAUCAAACAAUACAAUUGGUGAAGAUUUUAUUUAGUUUUGUAUGAACUAUGUGUACUGUUUCUUUUUGUGAUUUCUAUAGAACGUAUGAUGGAAUGACAGGUGCAUGUGCAUUCUGGAGGAAGGGGUCUGUGUGUAUGUAUGUGUAUGCUGAGGUUCGUCCGGUAAAAAUGCUUAAAUAUGGUGGACAAUAAGAGUAUGGUUUCUUAGCUUGAGGUCUUCCAAUGCAGACAGAUCUAAGAACAUAAUAAUAAUUGGUACUUAUGGGAUUAUUAAAUAUUUUUCACCUGAGAACGGAUUAAUUGUUUUCCUGUAAGAAUUAAUGGGAAAUUGGGUUUCGAAAUAUCAACUUUUCAAGAAAAGAACCGCAGUCAGGAAAGAAUUAAGUUCGUAAGUCGAGGUACCACUGCAGUUAGUUCAAGUGAGUUCUCAUAGGUGGGUUCUGUAGAGUGUUGAAAGUUCUCAUUGUGUAUUCUCACAGUGCGUGUUCUCAUAGUGUGUGUUCUCACAGUGUGUAUUCUCAUAGUGCGUGUUCUCACAGUGUGUGUUCUCGCAGUUAUCCAAUGGAGCAGUAUUCCUGUGUGUGUUUAGUAAAUGGCUAUGAUUCAUAAGGAUUUUCCUUAAGUAGAUGAACUGUAUUUACUAUAGAGCUAGUGUUGAUAUGAACCAGGGGUGCAUUUAUUGUAUAGCAAGUGUUGGCAUUUACUCUCAUGGGUGCUACAGUCUUGUGAGCUAGGCAACAGAACCAGGUAAGGGACCCCUCUGGGACCUCAGCAAGGGAUCUGUAACAACCUGCAUAAUAGUAGAUUCAGUUACAGACAACUUUUGUGUGGAAGUGUUUAUGUUGCAAAGAGUGUUGUAACAAGAUGAUAAGAGGAAGUGGUCAUAGAGUUGUUGUUCUUUUAAUAAUAGUUUUGCUUGUAAAUGGAUAGAUGUAUGAAUAAUUUCUGUGAUAUUUUACUUGAACUACUCAGAGAUCUGGAGAAUGACAUCAAUGGCCAGGUGAUGAUCUUGACCAAAGAGGCUUUAUUGAAAGGUCUGUGUGACGAGGAUCUCCCAUGCAGGUGAGCAAUGCAUGCAUAUAUGGCAUUGCACAUAGACCUAAACAGUAUGUGGGCACAUGUGUGUUCUGUUAUCUUUUGCCUUUAUCUGGCACAUAGAUGUCUCAAGAAUGAUGUGGUUUUUAUGUUGGUAUUCAGUGUCAGUAUGAGAUAAGUAUAAUUUAAUCUUUAUCUGAAGGAAGUAUUAUGAAAUUUUCAUUUUUAUAAUCUAGUAUCAGUAGAAAAGUCAGGAUUCUUAGCUCACUUAUUUAUUAAUUAAAAAACAAUUGAUGAACUCUUCAUAACUGCACAUCUCCACAAGUAUAAAUAAGAAUUACCAGAUCUUCAUCUUAAAGUUGAUUGUCAAUAAUCAUCGCCAGGCUGACUUGCCAGAAUUUUUGGAGCAGUGACACUCGACUCCCCGAGGGCACACUUGAGCGCACCAUCUCCAUGUUGGAGGCUAUGUAUUCCCCAAACACCGAGCCACAUUACCUGGCUUAUGCCACCAAUCUGUUGCUUCAGGCCACCUCCAAGUCUCCCGACUAUCAGAGAGAGAUAUUUGAACAUGCCCUUAGUGAAUGCACUUUUCAGGUAACACCUGGUUCUAUUGAGUUUAAUUUAAACAUGUCUUAAAAUGUAUAAGCCACAUCCUCAUGUUAUUGGAAUCUUUCAGUGGGUUAGAAUGCUAUAAAUCUUAAGUGGAUUAAACAACACAAUCAGUCUGAGUAAGUUUUAUUGUUUUUAGAUUUGAGCUUUUCUUUUUUAGCCGUCAUAACAGAAAUUGAAAUCAAUGAAUAACUUUUAAUAAUACAAGAGGGUAAAUGGCUUAAAUUCUUUGAUUUAAUUCAAAAUUUCUUCCAGGUCAUGGAAUAUUAGAGCGAAGAUAUUUGAUGGUCUUAAAUUUUUCUCAGUCAGAUACAAUAAUAGAUAUUUAUGGAGAUGGAUAUUUUUGGCUUCACUUACUUUCAUUUUUUUUUCUUGUUGUUUUUUUGCCUUAGUUAUAUCUGAAUAUGGAAUUUUUCUAUAAAAAAAAAAUCUUGUGACCUUAUCAGGAGUACUCAGUUCAUUCCUCUUGGAGACAGCGGCACGCUGUCAUGACACCACUGUUUGCUAGCACACUUGUCACUCAGCCCAUGGACACAGGGGAGGACAGUCUCGACGGCGGCCUGAGGGCAACACAGGACGUAGUUCAGUUUACUGCAACCAUGGACAUGGCAGGUGGGACAGAACUGGGAUGAAACAGAUAAUGCAACCAUAUUUACUGCUGAAUUCUAUCUACUGGUUCUGUUCUCAGCUCAGAGAGUUUAACCUGUAUCUGUAAUUGUAUCCAGUCUAUGAAGUUAUCAGAUUUUGUUAGAGAACUAAAUAAUACAGGAUUACAGAUAUGAGAUUCCUAUGUAAUUUGUACUGCAUAUAUGAAAGAUGUGAUUAUAUCAUUUAAUGGUGUGACCUUUUUUCUUUUUUUUUAGAGAACUUUUAAGUUGAGUUUGGUCUAAAGAUAUCAUGUUAGGACCAGUCUAUUCUAAAGAUAUCAGGCUAGGACCUGUUCUAAAGAUAGCAUGCUAGGACCAGUGUGUUCUAAAGAUAGUAUGCUAGGACCAGUGUGUUCUAAAGAUAUCAUGCUAGGACCAGUAUGUUCUAAAGAUAGCAUGCUAGGACCAGUCUGUUCUAAAGAUAUCAUGCUAGGACCAGUCUAUUCUAAAGAUAUCAGGCUAGGACCAGUCUGUUCUAAAGAUAUCAUGCUAGGACCAGUGAAAUUAUACAAUAAUUUGAAUAAUAUCUGUAUUUUGGACCUCUUCAACUUGUUUUUAGGUUCUGGUAGGGCAUUCAAUUGGUUGACACAGAGCAGCCUUGACACCUAUGAUGAGACAGGAACUAUCGCUGGGGGCACUCAGCUUCUGUUUAGACUAAAUGAAGGGGAUGCUUCAUCAAGGUCAUCCAGCAGAGUCCAGAGAAGAGAUGUCAAUGUGGGUCAGGGUUACGGUGCACAGAAAACAUUGAAACUGAAGACUGCAGCAUCAGGGGACAACAAGCCAUCUGCAUCUGUUGAUGAGACUGAUGGUACACUGCCCGUCAUUUAGUUCUGUGCUUAUUAUUAACCCUUUGAGCCCCCACAUCCCACGCUUAUAGUCCAUGUGUUUAAAAUAUGUGCCCAGGUUGAAGGAAUAAAUAAAAUAAUUAUCAUUUUACUAUCAGAUCAUUUUCAAUCACAUAAUUUUUUUCAUUUAUGAGAUCCCAGGGGAAGGAAAAUAUAAGGACCAUGAGAAGAAGCUCAAAGGGUUGGGACAAAGUUGUCUUGGUUUUUAAACUAGACUUAUUUAUCAUUACAGAAAAUAAUUGAUGUUUAUGAAGAAGAAAAUAAUAUUAUGCCGUUGAUGAUGUCCAAAUGUUUAGAACGCUAACCUUAUCUUGUCCUCAUCUUGUACGUCUUCAGGUUUUGUAACGUCAGUGAAAGAUGUUUGGAGACUGAAACGAAGAUUCAUCCAGGAUCAGUCCUCGCAAAGUGUUUUCCACAUGAGGCGUAACAUUCAGCGCAACAUGAUGAAAGAGGUUAGCAGCCAACACCAAACCAUCACUUGAAACUCAAACCACUUUACGUCAUUAACUUCCCUGUAACAAAAUGGAGGGCUUCAGAGUUGUGAGGCAUUUGAACCACGAUUAUUUUUUAGUAAAUACAAGUGUAGCUUUAAACAAAAAUAAUUUAAUAAAAAAUUUCUUUUGCACAGGAAGUACUAAAAGAACAGAAGGCCCGUAGGGAAAACCAAGUGACCCUGUACAGGAAGUAUCGUAUUGGCGACUUGCCAGAUAUUCAGAUCAAGUAUCAGUAUAUUAUAGCACCUCUACAAGCUCUUGCCCAUGUGAGACUUUUCUCAUUAACAUAAUUUGUGAAUGAAUUGGUUCAUUAAAGUCUCAGAGUAAACCUUCGCAGGCCUCCUUCACCUUUAUAAUAUUAUAUAACACAUUACGAUGUGAAGAUUAUAUUAUUUUAAAAUUUUGCUUGGAACAUGGGAAUGAUAUUACUAUAGGAUGUAAGAGGACUUGUGAAACCAAAAUGAUGCAUUUUAUUUAUAACAUCUUAUUUCUUUUCGACUGGAUGACUUUUAAUUUCUAACAGCAUGACAGCACGAUCGCCAGACUUUUGUUCAGCUCACUGUUUCAAGCCAUUUUCCACGAUAUGGAUAAAGUGAAGACAGAGAGGGAAAUAGAGGAAUUGGUCAAGCAAAUCAACUCAAGUAUAGAAACCAUUCUACGGGACUCUGUACAUUAUUUCCCUCCCUUCAUGGGAGCUAUAAUGGUAGGUGAUCGUCGGUGGCACUAAAUGUGCAGCAUUGAUGAUCUCUUCUCAUGAGAGCUAUAUUUUUAGGUGUAUGAGGUCCAAAUGGUUGCCUCCCUUUACUGGAGCUGAAAUGGAAUGUGUCCCUAAAAGACAACAUCAACUUCAGUUGUCUCCUAUUAAUUCUAUACUUAUUUUUCUAGACCUUGGGUGCACUAAGAGUUUCUGUUCAGUUCUCAGUUAUAUCUCUGGCCUGCUGGAUCUCAUGUUAACCGAGCUACACAAGACUGCUGUCUUGAUGGAUAUUUUCCUUGCAGUUUUAAAAUUCUGAAACCAUCUUAUUAGUUUCAAUUGUAAUGUGUUUGAAACCCAAACCCAAGAUUGAUUUUACCAGAUUUUGCCAGAUGAUUUUUAAAAAUAGACAUUUAUCUGUUUUGCUUUCUUUUCACCCAGACCAUUCUGUAUGAGCUGAGGUCACGCCUGAAGGUACCGGCUGGGGAACUGGGCACCUGUGCCAUCACCAGCAACCAGCAAACACUUGGUAACUUGACCAGUUGAUUCACUGUGGUUAGCUUAACUGUUUAAGCAGGACAUUACAACAGUCACUUCCAUGUACCUCAGGUUUAUUAUUUAAUGCCAUGUGGAUAUUUUGAUUCCACUUUGUUGUCAGCUUCAGCUUUCUGUUGUUUAAAACCAAUUAAGAAACAACUGAAUUCCAUUGUAGUAAUACAGGGUAGGCAAAUAUGCCUUUAUGUCACCCAUGUGUCUUUACAUGAAUUUUUUUCUGAACAUGAAUUGUUUUCUCUUCAAUCGCUAUUCUUAUUUUCAUGAUAGAAAGUACAAGUAGAACAAAAAAAGUGGAGAUUUGAAAUUAACCAUGAUUUCCUGAAGUAUCAAUUUCGUUGUAAAUAACACUAGAGGCGAGGUGGUUCUAACGGUGUCUCAUAUUUUAUCAUCCACAUUCACAAUAAGAAAGACAUUUCACAAACAUCCGAAAACACUUGGAAAUUAUAUCAUAUGAAAUUAUUUUGCUAACUUCUGGAUAAUAUAAUCUUCUUUACUUGAUAUUUGUAACAACAAACUAUAAAUUUUCAAUACAACAUCAACAGUUUUCUCUGUUCAGUCUUCUCAAAACAAACUCCAUUCUUCAAUCCCAUUUUCCUGAUUGGCCAGUUUCUCCCAAGUCCCAAAACUCUGUAUAUUAUGUAAGAAAUAUUUACCAUGUUAUUUAUCUCCCAUUAGCAUUCAUAUUCAUAUCUGUUGCCGUAUCUUUAAUUUGCUUGGACAACUGAAAUGUCAUUUCUUGACACCACAUGCUUCCCUUUAUUCAAACCUGCCCUUCUUCACACCUGCCCUUCUUCAGGCAUCAUGAUUCUGGAAGAGCAGCUGAUUCAGUCAGAUGCCAGACAAGCAGAGUCUACUAGCAAGCGAGCAAGACAAAGUCGCACCACACAGCCAGAUGACUUUUCUGAAUGGGUCCAGUUGUCUCGGUAAGGAGCAAGUUUUAAAAUUAGAAACGUUGAAAUUUAUCAGGGAUACCUUGUAUUCCUUAGUCAUCUACAUAAUAACAUAAAAAACAACUCACAUAUAUUCUGGUUUAAUAGCUGUCUUUAUUUUACUAUUCUCAUACUUUGGCCAACUGAAUGACAUAAGAACAAAAUAAAUGGUCAUGUAUUAUGUGAUUUUAUGUUAUAAAAUUUAAGACACGUAAAAUAAAAAAAUAAUGAUUUUUAAGUUAAAUAAAACGUUAUUUGUACAUUAAUAGAAUCAUAAUUGUUAUAAGCUAUGUUUAACAAAAGGUGAUACUUAAAUGCAUGAAUUGUUCAGUUCAUCCCAACUGAUGCUUUGAGUUUAAGCUUUUAAGUUACACAAUUUUCGAAUGACUAUUUAAAAAAAAUGAAGUCAUUUUGUUUCAGGCUUUACAAGUCACUCCAUGACUUUGAUGUGAUCCAAGGAAUCUUCAGUGACAAGCUGAGCACAAGGGAGGAGACAAGGAACGCCAUUGAGGCAGAGGCCAGGUGUGAUUUCAAAACGGCCAAUCACCUCUAUGAGAAGGUAAUGAUCAUUUUUAACAUCAACAACCGCUGGCAACAAUUUCCAUUAUAACAGGCAAAAUUAAAUCAGCUCUAGUUUUCACGAUUAUCAUGGAAUUUGUUGAGCCAUUAGUACUGUUCUUAUGUCUUGAAAUGUUCAAAAUUAACUGCUGCUAUUGGAACUUGUUGAAAUAAACUAAUUUGCAAGUCAGGGUAAUAAUUGCUGCUGUUGAAGUUGGCAACCACUUUGUUAAUGGACAGCUUGUACUACCAAACUGGUAUGCCAGGAUCAUAACGUCCAGCUGUAAACAAACUGUGAACCAGGUUUACUAUAAACUUCAUUGCUUUAAAAGCAGUUUGUAGAAUAAUUUUUGCUUACUAGUCACUAUCCCCUGUCAAAAAUGGAUCACCUGCCAUUCCAUCUUAAAUGCCCUUACCAUCCCCUAAUCUCUUUGCAGACAAGUUCUCCCUGAGAACAGAGGCUCUGCUCUUCCCCCCACCUGUCCCAACUCCCUCCUCAAUACCAUUCAAUCCUCCCCCCCCCCAAUCUCUCACCCUCCCAUAAUGUCUCUAUAAAUGUAUACUGAGCUUCUUUCCCUCAUAGAUUUGUUAUCAACGUGAUGUCCUUCUCAUCUCAAUGACUGUCUUGUUUCCUUUAGGCCAUAACUAAAGUUGACUGGCCUGACGGAGACCCUCUAGAAGCUGAGGUUGAUUUUUGGGAUGACAGCAGAAUGGAGGUAAGCUAACUUAGAUUAUUUAUUGUCUAUCCUCAAUUCCUGGUACUAGGCAGCGACCAUUGUUGUUGUUUUUUUCUUUAUAUUGACUGGCGUUUAUGGUCAAGUGUUACAGUCACAACAUAGAACUGGUCAAAAGUAACUUGUGCUGUUGGUACUUUAGAAACCAUUAUGUUAAGUUAAGUAAUUCAUUACUGUGGUUGAAAUUUCCAUUACUUGAGCAUUUGAUCACCACUUUGUUGGCUUGUAUCUAAUUUGGUAAAUCAGGGAUUCUCAAACUUUUUAAACAAGAGGCCACAGUGUGGGGGGAAGGGGGGGGGGCAGACUAUAGUUUGAAAACAAUAUGAACGAAUUCCUAUGCAGGCUUCAUGUAUCUUAUUUGUAGCGGAAAAAACAUGAAAAAAAAGUAUAUACAGUAUUUAAAAAGAAAACAAUUUUAAUCAAAAUUAACUUAUUAGUAUUCAGUAGGACGUGCGGGUUCGCUUUUGCCUAGUAAGAGGAUCAACGUCUGAUUUCAUGUUUGUUAUUGCUGCCCGGGUCCUUUACGGAAGCCAGGCGGCCGAGUUAAGGCCUCUGGUGGAUGGGUCUGGCCCACAGGCUGUAGUUGGAACACCCCUUGUGGAUGGGAUUUAGCCCGCUAGCUGUAGUUGGAAGACCCCUGGUGGAUGGGAUCUGGCCCUCUGGCUGUAUUUUGAAGACCCCCUGGCGGAUGAGAUCUUGCCCACUGGCUGUAGUUGGAAGACCCCUGGUGGAUGGGAUCUGGUCCGCUGGCUGUAGUUUGAAGACCCCUGGUAUAAAUCAAAUGAAAGUUUUAAAAAGAUUUUCCCAUCAAACUAUAGGUCUAUAUAUACAGUGUGGAGUGGUGAAAAGUUGGAGAAAAAGCUCACUCAAUUUUGCUCUGUUUAGCCCUAUAUUAAGGGAGUUCAUUGAUGGCUGAUUUCUAUGCUAUAGAAAUACUUUAGAUGUCUUUUGUUUAAAUUGUUAUAAAUGCAAGAUGUUAUCUUGGUUAAAAUAUGUCUUUAUUUAUUUAUGUGCUGAGAAUGAAUAUGUUUAAAUGUAACAAAAAAAAUUUGUUCCAUUUAUUUGGAUCAAUACAAAUCUUAUCUAAUUGAAAAUAAAGAAAAUGUCCUCACAUCAUCGUAGACUUUUUUUUUUUAACAAAUGUAAGAAAUUGAUGUAAUUAAGAAAUAUGCUGUUUUUUUAAAUUACCAUCUUUUUUCAGUGUUUAGACAGCCUUUGUCAGUGGAAAGACCUGGAGACAAUCUCAGCCAAAGGAGUGGAUAACUCUGAUAACCCUAUCCUUGAUCGUGUCUGGGAAGAUGGUUUCUACCAGGUGGGCUAGUAAUAGACUUGAAUUUUUAAAAUAAGGAUUUCUUGGCAAAUAAUUACCUAAUGAGUUAUUAACUUUUUUUUAAAUGUACCUGUUAUAAAUUCAUUUUUAGCUUGUCAGUGAGAAAAUUAUGGAUUUUUUUAACAAAAAUAACAUUUGGCCUAAAAAAUGUAAUUUUCAAGCUGUAUCAUCAUGAUUUUUAGUUUGUGAAAAGCUUCACAUUUAAUUGUCAUGUUAUAAUAAAAGAGUCUACUAUGAAGCCAGUCUGUAAGGCAUAUGUCCUCAUCCUAUUCACUUAAUAUUGUCUAGUAAGCCUACAUUUGAUUGUGCUGAUAUGAGCAUUAAGUACCAGGAAAUGGUUUUAUAGUAAAAGAAAGUGUACGGUUGAAGAGUAAGAAAACAUUGUUUAAUUAUCGGUACAUUAUGGGGAAAUGGAAAACAACAGAAAAUUAUGUUAAAGAGAUUUUGUUAAACAGACUCAAUUCCUGUUUAAUAAUAAUGAACUGUUCUGUUUCUAGUUCAUUGGUCAAAUCAAUAUAAAGUUUCAAUGGGAAGUAUUUGAUACAGUUAACUUUACUUAAAGAUAACACCUAAGUUUUUCAGUUAAUUUUACUUAAAGAUAACACCUGAGUUUUUCAGUUAGCUUUACUUAAAGAUAACACCUGAGUUUUUCAGUUAAUUUUACUUAAAGAUAUCACCUGAGUUUUUCAGUUAACUUUACUUAAAGAUAACACCUGAAUUUUUCAGUUAACUUUACUUAAAGAUAACACCUAAGUUUUUCAGUUAACUUUACUUAAAGAUAACACCUGAGUUUUUCAGUUAAUUUUACUUAAAGAUAUCACCUGAGUUUUUCAGUUAACUUUACUUAAAGAUAACACCUGAGUUUUUCAGUUAAUUUUACUUAAAGAUAACACCUAAGUUUUUCAGUUAAUUUUACUUAAAGAUAACACCUGAGUUUUUCAGUUAACUUUACUUAAAGAUAACACCUGAGUUUUUCAGUUAAUUUUACUUAAAGAUAACACCUGAGUUUUUCAGCUAGCUUUGCUUAAAGAUAACACCUGAGUUUUUCAGUUAGCUUUACUUAAAGAUAACACCUAAGUUUUUCAGUUAAUUUUUCUUAAAGAUAACACCUGAGUUUUUCAGUUUAUUUUACUUAAAGAUAACACCUAAGUUUUUCAGUUAAUUUUACUUAAAGAUAACACCUGAAUUUUUCAGUUAACUUUACUUAAAGAUAACACCUAACUUGUAAUGGGCCAGUAAACUUAAUCUAUUUAUCUGUUUUAAACAAUUCCUAGGAACAUUACCUGCCCUAUGUGUUGCGCAGCAAGCUGAAACUGUUACAGUCUGGCGAUCUCAACCAACAGCCUUUGUUGACAUUUAUUGACACUUCUAUGACGGAUCCUCACAAAAAGCAGCACUUAGAAGUAGGUUGUCAUAUUAAACACUUUCUCAAUGCUGAUUUUCCCUCUUCCCUGGUGUAAAAUGUUCAAACUUCAUUUGAUUUUUUUUUAAAACUGUAUUUUAAGUGUUAAUUUUAUAAGAACCAAUCGACAUUUAUUUUUAUUUUAUUCAGCAAUACCUGGUAAUCAAUUAUUAUGAUAUGGGCAUUUUAUUUAUGGUGAGCAAAUGGAGUGAUACACUUUUAUAAGUUAAUCUACUGUAUAUACUUGUCUAUAAGUCGAUGGCAGAUUUUUUUUACUAAUGACUCGUGGAUAAGUCAAGGGUAAAACUAGGAGCUAUGAAAUUCUGUGAUUUUUAUAAUUUUGUCAGAUUUUACUUAGCAGCAAUCGCUGCACUGUUUACUCAAUUUUGGUCGGAGUCAUUAGGCCAACACUCUCUCACAGCCAGUGGUAUCAAGUGACAUCCCCGCGAUUUGUAUCAGUUCUCUCUCCUCCUGACCAUAGAGGCUGACGGACUCAGCAGUCAGCAAUGGGGCAUGUGUCUUGGUAGCAGAUUUCUGUCAAGCAUCAACAGCUGUUUUUGUCUGUGUGUCUGUGCCCGGUAUUUGGGUCAACAUACAGCUGCCAAUAAGUACACAAGCACUACCGGUAACUGGACAUUACCCCUCAUUCAGUGUACACAAGUCUAUUGAAACUAGCACCACUGACCCAUGGAUAAGCCAACUCUGCAUUUCAGAGUGAAGUUUAGGACUAAAAUUUCUCGACUUACACACGAGUAUAUACGGUAAUCACUCGGCUCGGGUAGAUUUUUAACUGACGGUGACUUUAUUUGAAUGUCUUAUAGAGCCGCUACAGUACUGAGCUUGCCCUGUUGUACUUGUGGCAAAAGUGUUAUGACAGGUCAAGGCAUUACACUGGGAUGGCCUUUGAAAGCUUCCUGCAGGUUGUAGGCUUUUUUUAGACAUAUAUGCGAUACUAGAAAUGUGUUUGUUAUGAAAUUGUUGCGCCACUUAAAAAUAUAAAUUAGAGCUUUCCGUUCUUAUUCAUUUUUUGUCUCGUGUAUAAAUGCUUUACUUAAUUUCAUUAAAAAUCUUAACUUGACUUGUUAAUGAAAAAAAUGCUGACCAUUUAAUAUGUACAGGAGUGGAGUAACACAACAACCUUGAUGGUGUCUAGUCGUAGAGACAGCCUCCACAAACUGCAAGGCUUGUUCGAGCUACAAGAAUUUCUAGAUUUCCUGGGUUCAAACAGUGAGUCACCUUAAGUGAAUUAUCAGUAUUUUUAUUAGAUUUUUAGCUUGACAAGUUCAUAGAGGAAUGAAUUUAAAUAUUCAUAGCUUAAAUUAUUGUAGAAUGAAUUCAUAGGUGUAAGAAUUGUAGAAUUCAUAGCUGUAAUAAUUGUAGAUUUCAUAGCUGUAAGAAUUGUAGAAUUCAUAGCUGUAUAAUUGUAGAAUUCAUAGCUGUAAUAAUUGUAGAAGUCAUAGCUGUAGGAGUUGUAGAAUUCAUAGCUGUAAGAAUUGUAGAAUUCAUAGCUGUAAUAAUUGUAGAAUUCACAGCUGUAAGAAUUGUAGAAUUCAUAACUGUAAGAAUUGUUGAAUUCACAGCUGUAAGAAUUGUAACAAAAGUAUUUGAAGACCUCUGCACUAAAUAAAAUCAGAGAACGUUCAAUGUUUGUUUUGACUCAACUAAAUUAGAGAUUUAUUGACAUGCUUAGUCUAUGAUUUAGAUGUUAUGUCUGUCAUAUCUGUUUAAAAUGGAUUUUGAAACACCAACUGCUUGAUAUUAAAUUCCUCAUAAGAUCUCCAGUCAUCUCUUCCUGCGUUGAUGAAUGGAUGGGAUGGCAGGUUUCCACACCUACUUCUUGAUCCUGUGACAACCUGGGAUGAUGUGGUCACCAACAGGUGAGAAUGUUCAGCAGUUGUAACUGAUCAGAUUCUCGACAUAAAAGUUCAGAGAUGAAUCUGGAUCUGUUAUUUGUUGUUUGUUUUUUUUACAAUAAUUCCUCAUGAUGAUUAUUGACUAUCUUACCCUUGCCUCUGUUGAAAUAAUUUUCUUUGUUGAAUGGUUGUGUACUCAAAAGAUUAUUGUAUUUUUUUUUUAAUAUACUACCAGGAUUAAAAUUUUCUUACUUAGCAAUAAGAAGUUGAACAGAUCUUUUAAAACCAGUUUCACCUGAUAUUCAUUUGUGUCAUGGCAGAACUGUUUAUUUGAAUCAAAUCAUUGAGAAACUGACGGGGGAGACCAACAUGAAUGAUUCCAUAACUCAGGACUCUGUCCCUGAUCAGAUUCAGCUGAUGAAAAUUUCUCUGCGUCUUGCAAUGGCCGAAAGUUGCCAGAGACAGAAUAAUUCCUCGCUGACCCUCAGACUCCUCCGAGACACACAGGCGGUGAGCUGUCCUCAAUUUAUUUCCAGUAGUUAUAACCAAAGAGCGUUUAUGUAAAAAAAUUCAGUUCAUCUCAGUUUAUUUCACUUGGCUCUGGUUGCAAAUGUUGCAUCCUUCAUUUCUACAGGCCAGCAGAGAUGUAGCCAGUAAAGAGCCAUUUGUUGAAUGGAGCCAUCUGUAUGCGGUGGCCCACCACUCCAAGGCCACUGGCAGUGCUCCACCCUGGGAGGAUGAAACAUUUACAAAUAUUGUGACCACCCUUGACCUGCUCAGUGAGUUUGGAUAAAUAGAAUGGUCCCCAGUUUUUAUGAUUAUUUUUUUUAUUUUUCUCAGAAUGAUAAGAAUUCUCAAUAAAAUAUUCCUUAAAUUCCUGAGCAAAACGUUGUAGUGAAUGCAAAGGAGAUAGACAUGACUUCCAACAACAAUAAAAGGUUUUAAAAUAAAAAUUUCUUCCUUAUAAGCUAUAUUCAUGUACAAUACACAGGAAUAUUAGUAUUCUAACCUAUCACAAUUCAUAGCUUGGUCCAAAUAUUUGAUUUUCUUUAACUGGAUUACCAUUUUAUUUCACCCCAUAAGGAGAACUCCAGGACAGUCCUGUGUUACAGAAAAAACCCGACCUUGGACUGAGACAUCAUGUUUUGACAGGUCAAGGCUACAAAGUUUUGGCAAUGGGUUUGUUGAAAAUUGAAAAUUUAUCGAGCCUCAAGAAGGGAACAGUUGACAAACUAAUUUCUCAGGCACCAGUGACAAACACUGGAGACAUCAAAGAAAAGGUAAAUUGGUUGCUCUUUAAAUAUCAUAAGAAGAUUUAGGUUUCAAUGAGCCAUACAAGUGUCAUACAAGCGCCAUACGAGUACCAUAUGUGUGCCAUACGUGCAGAAUUACGUGAUUCUUAAGUUUGAUUAUAAAUUAUUUCUCUUGGUUAUUAUUGUGUAUAGCAGGGGUUACAGAACUUUUUUUAACAAUACCCCAAAAUAUAAUAUUUGUUUAAGCUGACAUUACCCUCUUGAUUGGACAUGGGGAAAAUCAUGAACUAUUUUAAUUUAAAAUGGUUGAUUUGAAUCUGCCUACAUAGAUAAUAGUUCAAUUUUUAUUGAAGCAUCAAAGAAAGGCAAUCAAAAGAUAAAUUAACAAAAUCCUUGACAAUUUUUGUUAGCACAACAUAAAGUAAGAUGGGACUAGACCAAAAUGACUUUUACAAGACUGGGAAUGAUCUUAUGCCAGAUGCCCGGCCAAUACUAACUGUAACAUUUUUGGGUGUGUUCCUUUAUUGCUCUGACCAGAUGCAGUGCUGCAAGGACUAAAAUAAUUUCUUUUAUUUAAUGAGUAACACAAUUUGUAUAUUUUAUAUAUGUCUAGUGAGACUUCAUUGAGCAAAAGAUUUUCAUUUUCACCCCAUUUGGUGUUGUUAAACCCAGUUCAAGGACCCCUAUUGUACAGGGAUGUUUUACUGCAUUAAUAAGGAGCAAUACUUCUUGCAUGGUUUGCGACAUAGAUGUCUAUUGGUAGUGUGCUUAUAAUGUUCAUAACACUGUUUUCAUAUUUCAUUUCCUAGCUCAUCGGCCAACUAAUAUCAAAUGGCUUCAAAUCCAUGAAAAUUGCUGUCAGUCAAAAUGGCUUUACCAAGGGACAUGAAAAGGGGAGACAAGUCAUGACAUCAGAUGAAGCCAACUUAGAGCUUGCCAAGUUUUGUGACAAGUAUUUAAUCAUGAGAGAGCAAAUUGGCAAGUUAACGUUAAAAAAAAUUAUUUAAAAAAAAAAGUUAUCUAUCAAGUUUUACCUCUUCUUUUUUUAAAUUUAAUUUGUUGGCACAUUAUAAAUUAUAUAAUAUUUAUAUAUAAAAGCAUAUUACAUGCAAAAUGUUGGAACAUAAUACUUUGCAUAGUUGUAAAUAUCGGCCAGGCCAAGCACAAUCCACAAACUGAUUCUUAGAAAAGGAUAACAAUACACCCAAGCUGUUGCUCCCUUCAUUCAAAGGAAAGUAUCUAAAUAAGUAACAAUUGAACAUUUUUUCUUCCUCACAGAAACAUUUCCACAAGGCUGUGACUUGACGACUUUCCCAGAGACUGUUGUUGUGUGUCUGCUUAAUGCUAUGAAAGGUGGGGUGGAGGAGGCUAGAGAAAGGUUCCCUCGAUUGCUGCAACUGGCAGAACAUCAUACUGAAGUCCGCGAUGUUUUCAUGAAAAAGGUACCUAACUGUAAAAAUAUGCUCAAAGAUUGAAGAAGUACAAUAGCAAAGGAAAUAUUUAGCCUUCUUCCUUUAACUUGUCCUGUGUGCUGAAGAAGGCUCUUUAUAUUUCAAGUUACCAUAAACUUUUUUUUCCACUAUUUCCUUCACACAGAUUGGACGCACUUCUUCAUUUAUUUACCUUUUACUUAACAUUACCAAAACAAUUAAUUUAUUGAACAAUUAAAUACUGAAAAAUUUGUGUGGUUAUGAGAUGUGCUUCCUAAGUUUAUCUCUUUCAACAGUCUCCAACUUUCUAAUUUCUUUCCCUUCUUUCUUGCAGGCAGAAGAAGUUCCAUGUUGGAUGUUUCUGAUGUGGGUUAGUCAGAUGACCGCCCUGCUGGACAAGCCAGAGUGUGUUGUUGUGGCUCCAAUACUGACCCAUAUAGCUGAUGACUAUCCUCAGGUGAGCAUUUUGAAAAUCUGCUUUGUUGAUUUCAAAUGUGUUAUAUUUCGGUUUGUGUCUUUACAUCACUCCCUGCGUGCACCCCCCCCCCCCCACACACACAAUUUUAAAUUUCUUUUUUUCCCUUCAGCAUUUCUUUUUUUCCCUUCAGCAUUACUGAAAUGCCAAUUUAAUAUAGUGAAUUUUGCAUAUUUAACAUAUAAGGGCCACUAACAUUUAUGAGGGAGCAAAGAUUCAAUAUUUAGAUGCUCUUUGUAAAAACAUCUAUGUAGGAAUCAGUAAACCAUUUUUUUUUAUAUAUAGAUCAGAAAUUUUGCCGUUGAUCUAAUGUGGGUAAAAUAUUGUGGAAGAAACCAUGUGUGUUCUCUCUCACCUUUUUAUCAACUUCUUAAAAUGUUUUGUUUACAGGCUUUGAUAUAUCCUCUGCGCAUGAGUUCUGAUGGCUUCAACUUUAAGAGUGGAGACAAAAAAAGGCUGGAUAAAGUGGCUGAGUAAGUGAAGCCUUCUUUGAAUGGUUGCAGUCAUAAUAUCAGAGGUAGUUGUGGGGUAAAUCGUUUUGCAAUUAAGAAAGUUUGAUUUCACUAUUGUUUCUAUCAGAUGUAAUACUAUUUGUUAUACUUGUGAUAUUUUAUAAUAUUCUAUCUAGAUUAACUAAAAAGACAGACAAUGUGUUAGUCAACAAGUUCAUCAGUGCAUUAGAACAGUUUGGACAGCCUGAUGUGAUUUUUAAGGUAAACUAUAUCUUCAGUAAAACGUUAAGAUAAGCUGAGAUACUUUUAUUGAUAAGAUAUUUUAUUGAUCAAAAUAAAUGGAAAUUUGUUGUUUCUUUUAAGUCAUAGAAUAUAUUUUUUCAGGGUUAGAUUCCUAGAUGGAAUUAUUUUCUUGUUGUCAAAUUUAUAAAAUAAUAAAAAAACAGCAUCAGUAGCCAAGAUAUUGCUGGACACUAUGGGUCACUUUGACCUAAGAAAAGAAGACUAUUAGAGAGUGGGAGGGAGGGGGGGCUAGAGAUGAUUUUAACAUUAAAUUGUAUUGGAAUUCUAUUAUUAACAUUUCUUGGUAGAAAUGGGUUAUCAUGCUUCUGUACUGCAUAUGUCUUUUGACAGAAAACAAUGCAGCUUCUGAAAAUUGAUUUAUUCUUUGUUAAAUGUACUAUUUUAUUGCUGUAAAUUUAUUGCAUAACAGACCUGAUUACUCUUAAGAUUUUGGCGUACAAUGUACGAUUUUGAGGUUUAUACAUUAUAUAUACUAAAAGUUUAUUUUUUUUACUAUUAAGAUAAUGUAUUGAACGAUUUUGUGAUGCUAUUGUACGAUUUUAAGAGAUUGAGGGUAAACAGGUCUGGUAUAAGGAGGACAAAAUCUCAAUACAUGUUUUUUCAAUAUUCUGUGCAACCGAAAUGGAUCAUGUUACUUCUUUAUUUAAGGACUGGUGCACAGACAUGAAAAAACUACUGGGCAAAGCAAAGGUUUCUAAGGAGGAAAUAACCAGAAAAUACAAAGAAAUCUACAGGGAGCUACUUGAUGUCAACACAUUGUCACAAUCAUCAUCUGAUGUGACUCAGACAAGCCUUAGUGCUACACAAUCUUCAGUAGGCAUGGGAGAAUACAGGAAGGGCUUUGCAAAAGUGAGAGAUGAAAUGUUUUGUUUUGUCAGUUUCAGUUCAUUUAUUAUUGAACAUCUGCAUGAGCUUCUCUAUGUUUGUGUUAGCUCAUGGUGUCUUUAUGGACUCUUUAAAAUUGUAUUUUUUUUUUUGAAGAAUAGACUUCAGGAGAAUACAAAAAAAUUAUGUUUGUUGUUUGCAUUAGAGGUGAGUGUAGAAAUUAUUAACUUUAGCUCCUCUCUGUUUUUGAUAACCCAUGGUGUCAUACUGGACUCUUAAAAAUUUUUUUCUUUUAUUAAAAAAUAAACUUCAUGAGAAUAAAAUAAAUUACGUUUGAUGUUUUCAUUAGAGUUGGGCAAUGAAAUUAUAUACUUGAAAUUUAUUACAGAAAUAUUCACACACUUAAAUCAGGGUUCCCCAAACCUUUAAGUUACAGACAUUUAUAACACUCUUAAUGAAACUUUUACUAAUAAUAUGUAAUAAGUCACAAGUUUGUUUUCUAAGUUCUACAUUUCUCUUUUCAAUUCAAUUUUUUUUUAAAAGUCAAUUUUUUCAAUUUCAAAAUAUAAUCUUAUUUUUUUAAAGGGAUUCGAGUCUUAGUCAAACAAUAUUCUAAUGGAUUUGUGAUACUAAGUUUAAUAAUGCUUUAGGGUAGUACAGUAUAGAAAUGGUUGGAAAACCCUAUUCUGAAUUAUUUUAAAACAGGCUUUUUAAACAAAUUGUUUGUUGUAUAUAUAUUUUUUUUUAGUGUUUUUUUUAAAUAUAUAUAUAUAUAUAUAUAUAUACAAUUUUUUAUUAUUUUUUUUAACAGAAUUUCAAAGUUGAAUUUGAAAAGUUUUUUGGUUCAAAUGGAGAAAAACUAACUUCCAUGAAGCUCAAGGUAAAACUCAUUUACCAAUCUGUCUACUAAAUAAUUUAAAAGGAAUGAAUAAAUCUGCCAAUGGCAAUGUUCAUCUGAAACUUCAGCUUUAGGUUAUUAAGUAGUUUGUACUUGAAACCAUUUUUCAGAUAAUAAUAAUCAGAAAUCUUGCUUUUCAGUUUAAAAGAAAAAAAUUGAUUUGAAUGUAAAACAAAUCUUGAACAUUUUUUUGGUUAUUCCAUUUCAGCAAAUGAAACUGGUAACUAAGCUUCUAAUAUUGAUUUCAAUACAUUUUGUAAAACAGAAAUCCUUUUAGCUUUGUAGUUUAGCUUUAUAUUUUAUGUGCAUAUUUUAGCUUUAAAUUAUUUAUAUAUAAAUUUACAGAACUUUCAAGAAGCUGAUGCCAAACUGAGGGCUUUUUUUGAAGGCAAGAGAGGGGUACUCAAUCCACCAACAAAGCUCAAGGAUUACUCCCCUUGGCUUGCUGAAUUUAAUUCCAAUAAGUUUGGUGAUUUAGAAAUUCCAGGUCAAAAUUCUAAUGUCUAAUUCUAAUUAUUUUUUCCUAAUAAACAGUCAUUAAAUGCAUCAGAGGAAUUUUUUUAUAGUUUUUCUGUGGAAACAUUGUCUGCAUUUAUUUUAAAUGUAAUAUAUAUCUAUACAUCUAUCUAUCUAUCUAUAUAUAUAUAUACGAGUCAAAAUUAUAAUUGAAAAAUUUUUAUGUUUAACAGUACUAACUUCCUUGUAUUAGAAAGAAAUUAGUUUCAACUAAUAUUAACUGACUUCAAAUUUAUUCAUACCUCAACGGUAGGCCUAUUUCUUUGAUCUAUUAACACCAUGUGACAUAACAUAAACUAUCCUUCUCUUUACAAUGCUGUUGUUUGCACUCUACCCAUCAGGUCAAUAUACAGGCCAGAAGAAACCAUUGCCAGAGUAUCAUGUGAAAAUUUCUGGCUUUGAUGAAAGGGUAAUGACUUAUUUUGAAUGCUAUACAAAAUAUAUACAAUAAGCGGGGGGUGGGGGAUAUUGAAAUAUACUCUAAUAGUUAUCUGGACUUAUGACAAAAUGAUGUUCCUAGAAAGUCUAAGGCUUAAUUUACCUGUAUCUACAUAUGUAACUGUAUUUCUAUAUAUAGCUAUAUUUCUAAAAUGUUCAUAACUUUAUAUCUGUCUUGGUCAAAAAUCCUAAGCACUCCAGAAUUAAAGUGACUUUGACCUCAAUGUUUGUCCAACCUUCUUGUGCAGUAAGUCUCUACCAUGUGGUUUUCUCCGUGACCAGGUGCUUGUGAUGGCAUCUUUGAGGAAACCAAAACGCAUCAUGAUUCGGGGUAACGAUGAGAAAGACUACCCUUACCUUGUGAAGAGCGGGGAGGACCUGAGGUUGGAUCAACGCAUUGAAACUCUGUUCUUUGUCAUGAACAAGGUCAUGAACUCUGACCCAGCGUGUCGGCAGAGAAAACUCCAGCUGAAAACCUAUCAGGUCAUCUCUAUGACGCCAAGGUUUGCCUACUGAGUGUUGACUGUUUGUCUCAUAUAUUUUCAAAUAUUAAUUUUAUGUUGAAAGACAAAAUAUCAAAAAAAAACAUUUCUGCCUGUUUUUCUUUAGUCAACUUCAUACCUCUCAAGUUAAUGUCAAUAACAUUUAUAUAUAUCUUAUAAUUUCAGAGUUGGACUCAUUGAAUGGAUGCAGCACACCAAACCCCUGAAACAUUUUUUAUAUGAGGCACUCACAGACGAGGAGCACAAAUUCCUGGAGAGCGAGUGAGUCAGUCAACAUGUAUAUUUAUUCUGUCCGGUUUUAAGUAGACUGCUCAAAAAUUUCAUUUGACUUCUCAAUGAAAUUAGAGGUUCUCAACUUUUGCUCUUCAUUCACUUGCACACAGCACCAUUAAGAGAUAAAAACUGCACAAUCUAGAUUUUUACACAGCAAAGGGUUACAAAUCUUUAAGAUGUUUUGAAUAGUUGUAAAACAUUAGCUCUUACAUACUAAAAGUAUAGAGAAACACUUAUUACAACAGAAAACUACAUUAGUAAUAGUAAUACAACUAAGCUUAUAUUAGAUCACCUGUGAAUCUUUGUAUUUGAAUAAAAAUGUUCAUGAACCUUCAUCACAGCCAAGGUCCAAGCAGGCAGCACAACCGAUGGAUCUCCAAACUGGUCAGCACAAAGGACCAGGGCAGAUGGCAAGUAAUUUAUGAUGCAGUUUACAUGAGAUACAGCUACACAGAAACAGUCAAGGAGUUCAGGCAGAAGGAAGGGAAGGUACCUUGGGACUUGUCCAGGUUGGAAUGACAAGAUUCUUUUUUUUUUUUUCUUAUUUAAAAUCUCCUUCUUUUGGUUGUUUUUCUAAUUAGCUUGAGAUGUGAUCUCGGAUAUAGUUAAUUUUUUUCUACUUAUCACCUGUAGACUAUUUAUCUAUUCAACAGCUAAGAGUGUUUGUCUCCGUCUUGAACUGAAUUAGUGUUGAAAGCUUUUUGGGCGAAAAGUUCACUUUCUGUUAUUGUCCUUCUUCAGGUUUUCCUCUACCCUUUUACAUAUCUAAUCAGAUAAAAUUUCUGGGUCUAAUACCAGACCUAUUUACUCUUACGAUUUUGGCGUACAAUUUACGAUAUUGAGGUGUAUAUACUGUAUAUACAUAUACAUUAUACAUACUGUAUGUUUAAUUUUCACUUUUUAGAUAAUGUAUUGAACAAUUUUGCAAUGAUAGUGUACGAUUUUAAGAGUUUGAGGGUAAAAUGGUCUGUAAUACUGUAAUUAUUACCUUUAGACGUGCCAUCCAGAAAAUGAGCUCCUCACCUGAAGCCUUCCAUGCCCUGAGGUCAGCCCUGAUCAAGUCCCAUGCCACCAUCUGUAUCUGCCAGUACCUGUUGGGGAUUGGAGACAGGCACUUGUCCAAUUUUAUGGUCCACCUCAAGACAGGUCAAAUGAUUGGAAUAGAUUUCGGACAUGCGUUUGGUAGUGCUACUCAGGUGGGACUGUAAUAUGUUCAUGCUCUUUUCACUUCAAUUAUAGAUAUUGGUGGAAUUGGUGAGAAUAAUAGGACAUCAGGGAACAUGCCUAACUCUCUGUUAUUGUGGAUAUUAGAUUAAGAUAUUGGAAGGGAAAAUUUUCUUUUAUCAGACAUCCCCUUAACAAAAUCUGUGAAAAUCUUGAGGGCUUCAAUGUCAGUCAUCAUACAACACAGAAUUUCUUGAAAUUUAAAUAUCUGUACCAUACCCUCUCACCUGCAGCAGUUUUAAAAAAAAUAAUAAUAAUAGAGAAACAAUUUUUGCUACUGCAACUCCUCUCAUUUUUGUUGAUGAUAGCAUUUUAUUUGCCAAGAUAGUUUAAAAUUCCUACUAAAAUUAGAGGAAAUAAAUGUUUUUGGGUGGUCAAGUCGUGUAAACUGGGUCAAUCCCAAGCUUGUGGUCUGGAGUUGAAUCCCCAGCUAAGACCAAGUCAAGCAAAAAUAUCGCCAUCACCCUGGGUGGAUGGGGCCCGUUCAGCUUGGAUGGCAACUCAUCUUAGACAAGGAAACUGAAUCAAAACCCGGUGGAGGAGUCCCUCAGGUGGAUACAUUAAAUGAAACAUUCUGACAACUCCUGUGACACAACUGGUGCCAAGAUGCAUCAUCCAUAUAUUGUGUUCCCUUGGGGUAUCCAGGUGCGUGGAGAGAGGUGAUUAACUGUCCAAGGAACCAACUUAUAGUCCUGAAGAAAAAGAAAAAAUCCCAGGCCUUGUGAUUUCAUCCUGUGAAGUCUACACCACCGUCACAUGUGUGGUUAUUUCAACUCACUCGGCAUGUAAUUAUUCUCUUCUUUCUUAAGACUAAAAGUGAUCAGUAUUGUCAAGUUGUUUGCAUAAAUUCUAUUUAGUAUCUUUUUCCAGUUCCUUCCAGUACCUGAACUCAUUCCAUUCCGGCUUACUCGUCAACUGACAAAUUUAAAUCUACCCUUACAAGUCAAAGGUCAGAUGGAGAGUGCAAUGAAACAUGUUUUGCGAGCUUUGAGAGCUGACUCUGACUUGUUGCUGUGCACCAUGGACGUCUUUGUCAAGGAGCCACAUCUUGACUGGUUGGUGAGUAAACACUUUAUGACCAUUGUUUUUGUAUUAUAGAGAUUCUCAAAACGUCAUCAUUGAUAUAAAACAAGUAUUCUCAGAAAUGUUAGUGUUAAUUUUAAAAUAAUUUUUGCAGUCAUUUAACCAUAUUAUUACCUGUAAAUUUUUAUUAAAAAAAAAUUUGGUUAAAUUUCAGUAAAUUAAUGUAAUUGUUUUCCUUUCAUUACAACAUAACACAAUUUAUUUACAUUAUGAUAAUUAAUCUUUGAAUUUUAAAAAUGAAUUGAAGUGCAAGUGUUUACAUUAAUUUGAGUUUGUAUUGCAGAUUUAUUUAAAGAGAGGUAUAAGUUUUAUAAGAUAUCUGAGAUAAGCUAAAUCAGGGCAAUUUCUUUCUCUCAAAGUUAACACUGAAAGAUAUCUUAAUUCAUAUGUUCCCCAAAUCUAUCAGAAUUUACCAGGGAACUUCAAAGGCUGCUGAAAAAUCUAAAUAAUCCCUCUUAAAGUCAAAACUAUUUGUUCUGUCAUUUAGUUUUAUUGUCACAAAAUGAUGCACACUUUUUGUUUUGUUUUUUUUAGAACUUUGCUGAAAGACAGUUGCAUGAGACAAGAGAGAAACAAGGUAAAGUCAGGCUUUUUUUAUUGUUUUUUUUUUUAAGCAUUUUAAAACAUUUAGCAGAAGCUUUGUUCGCCUAGAAUUUAUAAAAUAUUUGACCGAAAUUUCUCCAGGUUCCUCUUUAUCUCUGAGAGAUGAAAUUAGGUAUAUUACUUAUUCUGACAAGACUUUCUUAUCUGCUUAUUCUGACAAGACUUUAUCUGCUUAUUCUGACAAGACUUCCUUAUAAAUUUAUUCUGACAAGACUUUCUUAUUUGCUUAUUCUGACAAGACUUCCUUAUAAAUUUAUUCUGACAAGACUUUCUUAUUUGCUUAUUCUGACAAGACUUCCUUAUAAAUUUAUUCUGACAAGACUUUCUUAUUUGCUUAUUCUGACAAGACUUUCUUAUAAAUUUAUUCUGACAAGACUUUCUUAUUUGCUUAUUCUGACAAGACUUCCUUAUAAAUUUAUUCUGACAAGACUUUCUUAUUUGCUUAUUCUGACAAGACUUCCUUAUAAAUUUAUUCUGACAAGACUUUCUUAUCUGCUUAUUCUGACAAGACUUUCUUAUUUGCUUAUUCUGACAAGACUUUCUUAUAAAUUUAUUCUGACAAGACUUUCUUAUAAAUUUAUUCUGACAAGACUUUCUUAUCUGCUUAUUCUGACAAGACUUUCUUAUUUGCUUAUUCCGACAAGACUUUCUUAUCUGCUUAUUCUGACGAGACUUUAUCUUUCAAAUUUGUACAGUUGUGUCAAAGCAUUGUUUACCAGUACCAAAAUAUACAAAGAUAAAUGUUCUAUUUAUUUUUAGGUCAAAAUAAAAAUAUUUGUUUUAAUCUAUUGAAGAAGCAAAUGUACAUUAUUUGUAAUAAUUAUUAUAUCAGGUGCAUACCUUGAAAUGAUAAAAUAAGUUCUGAUAGAUUUUAUUGAUAAAUGUUUGAACGUGAAAAAGAAAACCUCAGCUUGUCAAAGGUAUAUUUGUUUCUCAGCAACAGAUUCUAAAGACAAUGAUGAUCAAUGGUACCCCAAGGAAAAAAUAAAGUUUGCUCGCAGAAAACUUAGGGGAGACCACCCAGCUUCUAUCAUGAAGUAAAUUUUGUAAUGUUUUUAGGACACAUUUAAAACAAUUCAUAUAAUUACAUUGUACUUUCAAAACUUAACACCUUUUUUUUUUUUUAAACCAAAGACAAAUGGCAUUUAAAAGUGCUGAAACUUAAGAUAUGGGGUGGGCCUCAUAAAACCAUUUUGUCUCUGCAUAAUAAGAAAUGGAAUGAAAUAGCUGUGUCUGGUGGUUGGGGUAUGUCUCUACCCAGUGUCUGGCUAAUCUAUAGCAUGUAACAAAAUCAAGGGAGUCUUGUAGUUUGGAUCAGGUUUGAGAUUUGUACAAUAUGGUUUAGUUGCACCAGUUUUAUGUGACACACCUUGUACAACUAAAAAAAGACAAAAAUUGGAUUGAAUUAAAUUGUUAUGAAGCAAUUAAUCAACUGAAUGAGACUGCUCUCUUAUAACCAAGCAUUGAAUAAUUGUGCUGAGUCAUUCAUUUUUCAGAGAUGAGCUUCAUUUGGGCCACUCCAGAAGACCAGAAGCCUGUAGACAUAUGGUGGAAGUGCUGAAUGGACGCAAGAAAGAAGAUGGCAGAUCAUUAUUUCCUGCAAAUGGCUUGACAGUAGAGGAGCAGGUUGCAGCACUCGUUGAUCAGGCUACUGACCCCAACAUACUUGGACGUACAUGGGUUGGCUGGGAGCCUUGGUUCUAAUAGCCUCAACUUUCUUUUUUUUUACAUGGCCAUUACAUCAUUAGUACCAGGCUACUGACGCCAACAUGCUUGGAAAUAACAAUAUUUGGGUUAGCUGGGAGCCUUGUUUCUAAGAGCCUUAUUUCCUUUUUUUAUGACCUCAUUUGUUCCUUACCAGCAGUGUGUAUUGUGUCGGCUGACUUUCAUUUUUUACAAUUGCUUAAAUCUUCAUCGAAAUUUAUACAAUAUGUUGCAUAAUUUUUUUUUAAAAUGUAAGUUGGCCGUUAUACUGUGUGUUGGAUAAUUUUGUUCUUUUCUAUAGAUGGUGUAUGACAUGAAAAUAGUUCACUGUUUAUGAUGGAAUUAAUUCUUAAAUAAACAUUCCAUUACAUAACAUACAAGUCAUGACCAUGCCAUCACCACACUUGGUCAUAAGAGUUAACUGCAUCACAUUAUGUAAUUAUUUUCUUUGAUCUGACUUCCUGCAAGUUUAUUUCUUGUGAAAAUAAAAC